AUGACAUCACUAGCCAACGUCAUUGCUUCCCAGCAAUCAGAGUGGGUCUCCUUCAACGAUGGGCUGCUGCUACCGGUUGCCUCCCAGGGUAGGCAAAUUCCUUCCCUCUGAUGAAAUAGGCUGUUGCUGUAUCUUGAUAUAAAUAAGUUAGUCAAAGGAAACAAGGCAACUCUUUUACUCCAAUCCAAAGUCCUCUGUGGGUUGUACUUAAACAUAAGCAGUUUUUGUUUUUUGUUUUUAAGAAGUGCAGCCUCUUCUCCAUUCAUUCAGGAUAGACACAAACGGAUGGGUCUUCCUCCCAUGGGGUUUUGUGUUUUCCCAGUUGCUUGUUGCACAUGGGCCUACUAAAAUGGAGGAGCUCCUUGCAUGAAUAUGAAUUGCUUGUGCUCAGGGGUGGACCAUCCCAUUUCACUGCCUGAGGUAAAACGGGAAGCUGUUCCACCACCCUGCCAAAGCCUUGCUUACUGGGAUCUCGCAGCAGCUUCUGGUGAGAUAUUGUGAGAGCUCACAAAAGCACUGUGAGAUCUUGCCAGAGUUCCAUGAGAUUUUGCAAGAUCUGGCUGGAAGUCACUGUGGCACAGCCCCACCAGCAACAGUACCCUACCCAUGGGAUUCUGUGACCCAAGGCAGCAGCUUCAGUCUACCUCAUGGGCAGGCCAGCUCUGCUUCAGCAGUAGUUGUGACUUUUACUAGCAUGAGUCACUAUAGUGCAAAUCCAGUGUGAAGUAAUGGAUAGAGCAGGGAUGAAGAGCCUGUGGUCCUAUAGACGUUGCUGGACUCCAGCUCCCAUCGGCCCCAGCCAGUUUGGCUGAUAGUCAAGAAUGAUGGGAGCUGUAGUCCAGCAAUAUCUGGAAGGCCACAGGUCUCCCAACUCUGGGAUAGAGUGUUUCGGACUCAGAACUAGGUUGAAUUCCUUCUUCAACUCACAGGGAGAACUUGAGUAAAAUCUCUAUUAACCUAUCCUACCUUAAAGCAUAGUUAUGGAGUUAAAAUGGGGUCACCCUAAGCUCCUUGGAAAGACAGGCUAGAUGAAAGUAGCUAAAGGAUUCGAUUACAUGUGGGUAGCUAUGUUCAGUUUUUAUAUACCACCUCAAUGUGUUAUAAGAAAUUUGACCUAGGGAGGGGAAGCAGCCUUGUGCCGAACUUCUCCUUCUCCUAUGUAACAUCUAGUUCAGGGAUGAGGAGUCUGCAGCCCUCCAGAUAUUGCUGGUCUACAAGUCCCUCACUCCCAAGACCAACCAGCCCCAGAAUGAGUAGUGGAAACUGCAUUUAAGCUGUGUAUUUGCCCACCCCACCUUCACAUUGUUUCAGGCAGGGAUGGAUACUUGCUCAGUAUAAUGACAAUGGGACACAGUAUUGCAUUACAAAGUCUCUUUAAUGGUGGAAAGGAGAAUGACUCAACAUGGGCUGCCAUGUUUCUUAUAACAGGUAGUUUCACUCAGAAGCAUACAGCUGUAACAUUGCCCUAUACACAUUGAACAUUUACAAAUGAUGAAAAAGGAUGUUUAAAAAUUCCUUGUUACUUGUACAUUAUAUUGUGAUUCUUCUUGCAGGCCAAGCUGGAGAACCUCUUGAAAGGUUUCUGUCCUCCUCUGAUACUUCUUCUGAAGGCAUCCAAAACCUGGAUGGAGAAUUUCAGACACUUGCACAUGCAGAGCUGGGAGAUGGAAUGGACAAAACUGCUGCAGACUCUGUGUCCGUAUGUUUGCUUGAAAACCACCCGUCUCCAAAGCCUGAUCUGUCUUCAUCAUUCAGCACAUGGGUCCAGUUUGAAGAUGCACCCUGGCCUAGCACUUCACCAGAGAAUGCACAUACAGGUUGGGAUGUCACACUAAACCAAAGUCUAUUACAGUAAUGCUUGCAAAUGAUUCCAGGUUCAGUCCCUGGCAUUUUCAGGUAGGGCUGAGAGAGGCUCUUGUCUGAAACCCUCGAGAGCCACUUCUUGUGAAUAACACCGAGCUGGAAUGAUCCUGUGAUGGAGUAGCAAGAGACUGCAUUGAUGCAGCUUGCGUGCGCUUAGAUCGUUGACCUCAAGAAUAAUACCCAAGCUGACAAAGUUUGGGGGCUUCUGUGAUAUUUUAUUGAGGCUUCUACAUACCAGACCUCUUACGGCUUUGUUCUGCCGGGUAGUUAGUCCCUUGCUAAAAUAAUUAAGAAGCCAUCCCCUAGGCCUUGCCCCCACGCAUUCCACAGAUAUUUUGGCUUGUUUAUUGUCAACAUCGCAAGUGAAUCACAUACACACACACCACAUGCACAGAGUGUCUAAAAUACUAUCUGCUACUCCAUAUAAACCUACCUUUUUAACUGUUUCAGAGACUGUGUUGUUACUCCCUUCAAAGUUGAGAUGUUGGCAACUGGAGAAAGGGCAUUUUCAGUAGUGAUACCCUUGUUGUGAGAUUUUGCUCCUCCAGAGAUACUUGACUGGUACAUACUUUGCUAACUUUAGAGUACUGGGUAGAUAUAUUAUUAUUAUCCUGAAUUUUUAAGGGAUGAUAUGAUUCUGAUGAUUUUUACUGAUAAUUUUAGCAACACAGGAAAUAUACUGAGUCAGAUUAUUUGUCCAUCUAACUUACUGUUGUCUUCUCUGACUGGCAGUGGCUCAACACCUGCUACCUGAUCCUUUUUUAGGUGAUGUCAGGCUUUGAUCCAGGGGCCUUCUGCAGGGGAAGUGUUCCACCACUGUGCUAUUAUUUUUAUUUAAAAAACCCUGUUCUGUGAUUUUAAUUCUUUUUUUAAAUGCUAAUUGUUGAAUUUUUAAAGCUUUGUUGUUGGUUUCUUUGAAAGAAUUUGCUAAAAGUGUUAUUUUAGAAAUAACACUUAAUUUUCCCCCCUCCAAAAAAAUGUUUAAUUAUGCAAAUGUAUUGUGACACUCGUCCUGGCAAGGGUCACCAAUGGCAUGGGAAAUAGCCAUGUCAGUCAUACAACUCAUAUGGUACCCUGAUUGCUUAUGCUACCAGUGCAGCAAGGAACUCGGCCCUGUUUCAAUUCUCUCUCAUAUUGACAUCACAAUUCAAUCAGAUAAACUGCUGGGCAAAGCUGCACCCUGGAAUGUAGCAAGGUAUGAAAAGUAGAGCUAGAAAAGGCCUAUUGUGACAUCUGGAUCACACUCCUCUCAAGGACUUUGUCUGCUUCUAAGUGGCUCAAGUAACUAGGACUUUAUCUCACAUUCUUGGGGAGGCAUUUUCACAGCAGAACAAACUUCACAUAAUGCCGAUUGUGCUAUCCGCUCUGAAACUGGCAAUUCUUGAGUAAGAGAAUCGUACAGCUGAGGAAGAAGGAAAGCAAUAACUGAAAAUGAUGAGAGCUUGAUGGCAUGCUAAAAUUGGAACAAAUUGUACUAUCUUCGCUGCUGGAGGAAAAGUUUGCUAUAAGCUCAGGUAGCUGAAGAUUGAGGAUGUAUGUAAUAUAACUGGAACAAAUUUGGAGAGAGAAUUCUCAAGCAAGCUAUUCUAGAUCUCAUCCACAUCAUACAUGUAAAGCAUUGCUUUUAAGAGUAAUAAUGAAUCCUGGGAACCGUGGUGCUAACCUCAUAGAGCUGUAAUUCCCAACACCCUUAACAAAUUACAGUUUCCAGGAUUCUCCAUGACUGUUAAAGUGGUAUAAUAGUUCUUUAAAUGUAUGGUGUGAGUAGAGCUUGCUUCUAAAGACUAUGAAGGUACGUUCUUCUAACUGUGAUUUUGGACAUUUCAGAUUAUAGAUGCUGUUUGCGCUUGAGGCUUAUAAGGAAACAUAUCUCUGUUCAGACAUUCUGAAAUAGUGUGUACAGAGGGGAGAUGAGGAUCCCAGCCCUCCUCGCAUCCCAUGUAUUAAUAGUCUCUUUGCAGAGCAGGCAGGUAUGCGGUUUUCAUAGGUUUUUGUAUACACAUGUAUAGGAAAUGGGUUCCCUCAGUUCCUGCUUUCUGUAAACACACAUUUAGGUAUUUGCACUGCUUAUAUAGAACCAGCCACUGUAACUUAGGGUGAAAUUCAACACUACACUACUAUUCUGUCAAUGCAAAUAUUUUUGCUUGCUAGAUGGAAUGUUCUUUCCCAUCUUCUCCCCACAGGCUGAUCUCCCCAGAGCAGAUUUUGGGGAAAUGCAUGGGGGGGGGGAGAGCCCUGUUACACUAGCAGAAGACCUCUUCCAAGACUUCCGCUAGGUUAGUUGAAUCUGGCCCAUGGAGUUCUCCAAUGUGACCCUUUUCUGCUGGCACCAAUUCCCUUAAAACACUCUUAAAACUUCCUGGUAGCCUGGCAUUAGGUGUGAGAUUGUCACCAGUACUGGGGAUGGACCAAACUGUUAACUAAGACUGUUUGUUUAUCAAAGGGCUAAUUGUGUACAUAAGGAAAAGCUGAUACAUUGAGAUCUACACAUGCUUGAUGAUGGUUUCCAAGGACUCAAGAGAUGCUGUUGCUGAGACCUGCCUCUAAAAGGCUUUUACUGUAGGGGUUAUUUACCUCAGACCAAUUUCCCUGACAUUCCUCCCCAGCCAAAUUCACUCACAACCCAGUUAACUACUGGGUACAAUCUGCCUCUGACCCCAAAGCUCCUCUGGUUGUACUUCUGGCUUCUUGGACAUUUCCCCUGUUUUAAAAAACCUUCAUGUGUCCUCUUCCGUUAAAAUCUUUACACAGUGCAGCCUAUUAGCCUAACUCAGCCACUGACUGCCUUCUUCUGGUCACAGCCACCAAAGCAUUGUUAACACACCGGGGAAAAAUAUACCAUAAUAUUCAGGAUUUCGCUGUCCACUUUCACCUCAACUUUCUGUGUUCUUCGCCUCACACCUUCCUCAUCAACUGUCGUUCCUGACUGACAGGUAAACUGCCCAUUCUUCACUGGCUAGAGCCUCCAACCAAUCAGAGCCUCAGACCCAUUGAAUUUACUUGAUCCCGGGCCCGUCUAUAAAUAUUAAAAGCAAUUAUCUCUUUCCCCUUUCGGAACUUGUCUCCAAGCAGCUACUGCUAAACAGUCUUGCAGCACAGUAAAUAGCACAAGGCCUUGGACUUCGACAUUUACGUUCUGACAUUAACAGAGGUUGCAGAAAGCACAAAACUCGUAGACAGACAUACACCGCAUUCCUCAGUAUACAACAUGGUAGCAAGUGUUUUGGUUUUAUAUUAGAAGGCUUAUAGCAAAUGGGGAGCACUGAUAGCAUCAAAUAACCAGCUACCCUGCAGAAUACUCAGGCAGCAUUUCCUCGCUUGAGGGAAACUUGAUAUAAGAUGGUCUGCACCAUCCAAUUCCCUCUUUUGUCAUGACUCACCUUUCCAGAACCCUUUUUAUGCUGCCUAGUUCCACAAAUUUCUUUCUUUUUUAAAGCCUUCUCUCCAAAAACAUUCUGCUGGACAUGUCCCUCUUCGGGAUCUUCUGAGAGAAGGCCUCUCACGUCAGACAACAGUUGGACAACUACUUCUGAGAACACCAGCAGCCCCAGUUUCACACCUUCCUAUACUGACCUGCAGUCCAUAAACACUGAAGACCUGACCAGUGGCAGAGCAUCUGCAGCAGACUCAACCGGUAAGCCAGCUUUGUGCUUCCUUCCCCUUUCAUUGGUCACAUUUCCCUAAAUAAACUGUUAACAUUGGAAUCUAAAUUUGCAAUGAAUCCUGGAUCAGCCUAUUACAAAUGCAGUAUCAUGAUAUGAUCUUCAGAAGAUGGCUUGGUCAACUAUAAGUUACCUUAUUCUUGGUGCUCUUGCUGAACCCAUGACUGGCCUACCCAUUUUAUUAAGUCUUUUAAAGAACAGUUUAACCAGACAAACAUAAAACAAGAAUAAAAAGUGAAAUAAAUAAAAGGUAUACUAUAUCAUUAUAUGAGUUAACAAUUACAAUCCCGUUUAUACGUCUCUGAUGUGCAGGUUUUAUUAUUAUCCAGAUGCAUAUAUGCUUAUUUUUAACCUACUAUAUUUUGUGUAAAAGUGUUCCAAAUGUCUUUAUACUUGUCCAUGCAAAGUCUACAUCUCUAAGCAAUUGGUUCAUAAGUUGCAAGUGCAGUCAUAUCUUCAGUCCACUGAUUAAAUGGAGCCGUUCACUUAUAUUUCCGGUGCAUCAGUAUCAGUCUUUUGGCCCUAGUAAGGGAUGAGAUGGACUGAGGCAGCCAUCUUGGGUGGCAGAAUCCCACGGGGCAGUGCCCCUGUGUGAGCCCUGCCCACCCCACCACCACAGGAGAAGCUGAGAGAAGCAGUGGUGGCUUCCAGUGAGAUGUCUCCGGAAGCCACCACUGCAUGACCCUGGUAAGCAAGGAUUUGGCAAAUGGGAGGCAGUGAGGUGGCACCUACCCAUUUUGCCUCAGGGCCACCCCAGCUGUGCCAGUUGUCAAAGAAGACCACUCGUGAGACUUAUGAGAAUGUUUUACAAAUCAAUUUAAUCUGUAGUUAAAAUAUUCUAGUUCCUUCAGCACAUUCACCUUUCCUUCACUGACAAGGAGAAACUUCUAGCUCCCCGCCCGGGGGGGCAAGAAUCUUUUUUUAAGAGCUAAAGAAGACCUGAUAACGUUUAUGUCUUUAGCCCUGAUAUUCCUGCUCUGCCCUUUCCUAGGCCAGAUGAGGACUGUGGCCCUGGGGGGACUUUAACCUUUCCCCCCUCCCAAGAUGGCUGCUUAUUAUGGGAGGGGGAAAUCAUGUACCCCAGGGCUAAAGGCAUUGCAUAACUUCUCAUGUACUGUUCUUUGGCCCUAAGACAAAGGAAAAAGCAGAGAGAGAAUCAAGACAACCUAUGGAGAUAUGUGAUGAGAUCUUUUGACUUUUUUAAAAAACAACUUUUACUCAGCUGUUGUGGGGGGCAGACUUUUGGUCAAAGCAGCAGAUCUGAGGGGGGAGUUCUAUAACCCUUUCUGUCUGUGCCAUUUUUGUAAUCUAAAUCCCUCCCCCCCCCAGCUGAUAUGAGCCUUACCUGGGGGGUGGGGUGGAAUACAGAUAGAUUACCUGCUUCCUCCAUAGAUUUUGCUCCUGUAGGAUAAAUAGUAGCUGGGGCGUGAUAGGGUUAAUUAAACACCCCUCCACCCAUUGCUGCUGUUCUGAUUAAAAUCUGAGUCCUCCACAGCUACUUUAAAGCUACAUCUGUUUUGGUCAAGAGAGAGAAACAAAUUGGCAGACCUGUGUGAUAAAAAAUAAUCUGAAGUAGAUUCUGCCUGCUGGAAUGUUAAGCUGUGCCCCUGAUAUGCCCAGAGGUGGAAAGCACAAAUAUUUACACUAAAGCACAUGAAGCCUGUGUUUGAUCAAAUUAAAAGCUGGACGUGGUCUGUGGCUAAUUCAUAUGUGGCCUACUUCAGGGCAGUGAGGUGAACUUUUGACAAGCUUCAAGGAUAGCUGUCCUAGGUUUAGACCUUCACCUUUCCUAGGUAAAAUUUACCCAGUCACAUACCAAGCAACCAGUGCUAUCUGAAUAUUGUGGGAAGGAUUUGCAAAUAGAUAAAAGUGUCUUUACAGGAUUUAUCAUGCUGACUUUGGGUCUCGGCUCUGCCAUGCGAUGUGGAAAGUCAAAUAUCUUUGCAAUGGGCGGGAGUUCAGUUUGAAGUAGGGCACAGUUGUGUCAGACUUUGUAUGGAAAUUCUUGGUCUUCUGCUUCUGAUUGAGGGGGAACACAGCACCGAAGUGUUCAGGUCCACAACUGCAAGAUACCGAGCACCCUGGAAAGCUGGUUUAAAUCCCCAGGAACUUCCUUUUAGCAUUACUAACAAGGAAUUGGAAAAUGUGAGCAACAGCCACUGAAAAAGUAGCCUGACUUCUAAAGGGUAUAUGGUUUCAGUGGCUCAAAAAUGACUAAGAGUAAGCCAGGACUCUGCACUAUGCAGGGCAGAAAUGUAUGUUUGAAGAGUUUUAGGGCAUCACAGUGAGCUGAUUUCUCAUGGUGAAUUAAAUACACGACUGAGAAUCUUGCACUCUCUUGAUGUGAUCUUUCAAGUGGCUGGAGAUCAAAUUGGUGAGGUUUUAGCAGUAGCACUAACAGCUCUUACUUGUAACUCGUUUCAUAUGCUCGAGUUAUUGGAGUGGGUGCGUUGCCAACUAUAAACACAAAGGUGGCAUUUCCCAUCAUAAUCAAGCAGUGCUUGAUCCUGCUCUAUCCUUAGGAAUGGGCAGGACCACACAUUGGGUGGGGGGGAGGGAGGGUUCUCAUGCUGAAAUAAGAGAUUCUGCUUCUUUGUAAUAUAAUGUGGUUGCCUCAAAAGCAUGGGAAAGGAUGAGGAGAUUGUACCGGUAAGAAGCACAAGAAUGUGGUUUAGCGAUGAUGAGAGGUUUAGAGGAUCGGUUUUAGGCCUAGCUGUUCUUAAGCACAGGGGGCUAAUUGGAAGCAGAUUUAGUGUAAAAGGAGAAGGGAAAGUCAGGGGGAAAUCUUGUAGGCUCAAAUGUUGGCUUCUCCUCUUGUAUGAUUUCUUCCUAGAUGCUCAGACAGGAUCUGUUGCAAUGUUUUUUCCACUUGGGGGAAAAAUGUCACUAAGAUUGAGUAUCAGUGUGUGUGGUGCAUCAUUUUAGAAGCCCAGAAUCCAAGGUGGCCAUGAGUGAUGGGUAUAAUAAUGCAUUAGGGAUGUCCAAUUUAAUUCUUGCUCUGUAUGAUAGUUUGUAUCAAAUAUGAAUCAUUCUAACGUACCUGUUUGGAGAGGGAAAAGCCCUAAUAUAUAAAUCUUUGUAUUUAUAUGUCAAACCCAAAGUUUCUGAUCUUAUUAUUGAAAUCAAAUUACCUCUUUUCUUUCUUGUUAAAAAACAGCCAGGGGACCAUGCAGUGUUCACACUUUUAAGCUCCCUCUUUUGCUGGAUUUUAACCCAUUUUUUAAUUGUCCAUUCCUGUAGGUGGUCUUUCUCUAAUGUUGCUCAUGCAUAGCCUCCUUUGCAAAUAUAGUGUUUUUCACUCUGAGGCCAACUACUGGACGUAUCAAUGGCUUGAUUCAUUAUAGGGCAUCUUCCUAUACUCCAAUUUUCCUAGGAGUUUGCUUCAUGAGAAAAGGAGACAAGAGAGAACAGAAAUUAAGGAUGGGAGGAAAUGCCCUUUUUGCUGUAGAGCCACGAAAGUAGGGAAACAGGGCUGUUACGACCCAGAAGAGUUCGUAUGGAACUCCUAGCCAGUUGGAAGGCUUCACAGUCAGAGCCUGUUGGAAUUGGAAAGAAGAAAAGUAGGAGACUCCUCACUCUUUCCCAAUCAUCUUAUGCUCAUGGAAUGGCUGAAUCCGCUGCUUCCAGUGGAGAGAUAUGAGUUCUAGUUCAGUGGCAAUAAUUUGGUUCCCUAUGACUUUUAUUUUAAAUCCUUUGGGCAGUUCUUACCUCAAACUCCAACACUUCACUGUUUUUGUUUUGUUUUUGUUUUUAAAAACUUGAUAGCGGAUUGGAGUUAAGAGUGGGUUAGCUAUUAAGAGUGAAACUUCAAAGAAAUUCCUGUGCGUGUUUACUGCAGAUUGGGUGAUCUCUACAUUGCAUACACAAAUGGCAGCAAAGUUUGAGCUUUUGCCUACUAUGAAAGAAAUGCAGCGCUACUAAAGAGGAUCUGCUGCUCUGAUCAAGAGUUUCUCUGGUGGACCUGACUUUGGGUUAUGUACGAGCAUGUAUCCCAUCUUUACACUGGCACACAAGGUUAUGGCAUGCCUGUUCACAAUAUCACAAUCAAUAGGGUUAUUCUUUUAGUGCAAGGUGCAUUUUGACUUGUUCUUGGUGACUUGUGUUUAAUACAGUUAGUGACUCAUCUAUAUUGUUAUGCUUUUAUAGAUCCUAUAUAGUGCAAUAAUUUCCUACUUCCCCUUCUCAUUAACAAGCUCACACACUCUGGAGGAGAACAAAGCAAUGUAUUUUGUCACUGGGAUUCUGGCUUCUUUGGCUGAAAUCACCAGUUGGCUUGAAAUCUGAGUUCCAGGCUCCACUAGAGUACGUAGGUAGGCGCCUGUACAGACACCUACUGGCUCCAGCCUUGAGGCUUACAGAUAGUUAUCGCAGAGGCGCAGAAAUGGGAAUGGAAAUUAAAAAGAGCACUACUGUAAUUUCCUGAAGUGCCCUGAAGCAGGUUUUGCAGCAAAGAUAUAAUUUCAUAGAUCUGCAUGAAUGGUGUGAAUGCAGACAAUUUAACCCCUGGGCUGCUUUCAGCGAUUUUGGAAAUGGGAGAGAGAACCUUCCUGAUGCUAUCAUGGAAAUAAUUGAUCACUCUUCAGAUUUAAUGCAGAAUUGAAAGCAUGUUUCCUCAUAAGUGUGACCUGUUGAAUUCAGUGGAACUUUUUUUGAAUAGUAAAAUAAGUGUGCUUAGGACUUCAGAGCACACCAGGCACUUCUGUCUUCCACUGCCUCCCGCAGUUUGGUCAAACUCAUGCUGGUAGCUUCGAGAACACUGUCCAACCAUCUCGUCCUCUGUCGUCCCCUUUUCCUUGUGCCCUCCAUCUUUCCCAACAUCAGGUUCUUUUCCAGGGAGUCUUCUCUUCUCAUGAGGUGGCCAAAGUAUUGGAGUCUCAGCUUCAGGAUCUGUCCUUCCAGUGAGCACUCAGGGCUGAUUUCCUUAAGAAUGGAUAGGUUUGAUCUUCUUGCAGUCCAUGGGACUCUCAAGAGAAUGUUGACAAUUCCUGAUAAAUGUAUUGAGACCUGGGGCUGUAGGAGGCCACUUUAAACUGAUUCAGGCCAGUGAUCCACCUGCCUCAGUAUUGUCUCCAAGGUUAGCAGCCCUCCAGGAUUGAAGAUGGGAGUCUUUUCCAGGUCUAACUGGAGAUGGCAGGGGUAGAAUCUGUGGCCUUCUGCAUGUGCUCUUCCACUGAGCUACAGUUCUUCCCCACCAAAGUCCUGCAUUUAUUGCUGCAUUUCCUUACUUGUGAGCUAUAGACUAGUAAGUGCUCACAGUCUUUUUAAAAAACAACAACAACAUGAAUAUAUCCUCUGGUAUACCUCCGUAACUCAGAAAAGGUCAAACUGCAUAUCCAUGAUUGGAUUUUCCUUCUUUGAAAAAGCUCACAGGAGAGGAGGGAUGUUAUAACCUUUUACUUGUUCACCGUUUCCCCAGGCUCAUCUCCAUCCUUAAGGUGCAGCUAACUCACAUUAAGGGGGGGGGGGGAAUAGUCAACAAGUACAUACAACUGCUGUUAACAGCAACAAAUUUGGAGCACAAACUGUAUUAGUGUCUCCCUUCACCUGUAACUCUCUACAGUUCGCAAGAAACACUGCUGUGCAGAGUGUUGACUUCUGCAUCCAUGUUCAAGCAGAUUACACACCUUGUGUUUUAUAUACAGAUUAAAAACACAUGCCUUGUGUUUUAUAUACAGAUUCUAGCUAGUGGAAUUGCACUUGUAUGCCUCUGAGUGAGAAAGUAAAUACUAUCUGUAUAAGGACUAAGGACUGGGUGUUAGAACGAGGUGGGCAAAAGCAAGGUGAUGGCCAUUAUCACUGAUUCCGAAGCUCUGCAAAACAGACCUUUCCUGUACUGCAAAAAGACUUGGCUCUGAAAGUGGGGCAGUUAGAUUCCCCCAUAGUGCUUUGCAGAGGCUCCUUUGUGGCAGGGUGUUCUCUAAUCGUGCAGUAUUAGGAUCUGGUUGGGAAGCUUUGCACAAAAGAACUUAGGGGCUCUGGAGGCUUUGCUUUCAUGAACUCAUUUCUUCUCCUGCUCCCGGGCUGAUUUGUUUGCAGAGGCUCGGUUGCCUCAAGCAACGUAAUAUCAGUGUGAACUAUGGGGUAUCCUUGGAGAUCUGCAGGAUUCCCUGCAAACCUUUUCAGCUAUUAGCCUUUUCAGAGGAUGAAACAAAUAGGCAUUUUCUUCAGUAGGAGCUAUUGCUUAGUCUCCCCUUCCCUUUUCUUUUCUCUGCCCCACCCCACUUUUCUGAAGUAUGUAAAAGCAGCUUGGUGUGUUUCACAGGCAGAUACUGUGAACAGUGUAAAGCAAUGCCUUCCAUGCCACAAUCUCUUCUGUUAGUCCUAAUGCCUUUGCAUCAGUCUUUAGCCUUAGGGAGAAGCAAUGAGUGAACUUGCAAUAUGCCUGACACCUGCCCAUGCCUCAGUGCUCUUGCUUUCUCCCUGAACUCCCCUUUCCCCAUGCCAACUGGGACCAUGUAGCGGCUACAGUCUUCUUGUUGCUUCUUCUGCUUGCCCCAUCCCAGCAGAUAGCAGCAUGGGACUGGCAGUGACUACCCCCCCAAAACACACACACACACACACACACACACACACACACUUUUUUGCAAGGCUCUGCAAAUCCUAUCUUUUCUAGAAUUGCAAUUUUGUGUGGGUGGUGCAAGUGUUGUGAUGGCGGGUGAUGAUGUUGUGUGAAUAUAUUUGUGGUGUGGGGGGAUGAAUGGGUAUAGAGGUUGUACCCUUGGGUUUAUACUUGUCCUAAACAAGCAUUCUUUUCUUCAGCAUUGGAGCAUGAAUCGUAAACAACAGCUAUAAUGCCAAAUGAGGGGAAUUGCACCCUGUAGUGAGUGAAUGAUCCAGAACUCACAUUUAAGCUAAGAUAUAUAAUGCCAAAUUUGUUAACUAAUUCUAACAAAGAGAUGUUUUGGUGGGUGGGAAGGUUGUGAAUAACUUGAAGUCAGUCAUACAGGAAAUUGAACCUGCCCCCAUUGCUCAUUUCAGUACAUUUCUAUUUAUUUAUUUUUUGGUCUUAAAAUUGUGUAUGGACAAUGCAAAUGGCAGAAGAAUUUCCUUGGAAGGUGAUCGCUGACAUGAUAUUAGCCGUGCAAGUGAAAAAGACCUUGAUAGUUAUGAUAGGGCCACUGAAUAUCUUUGCAAAGCUGCAAUGCUUACUUCAUUAAUCAGUUUGGUUAGCCCAGGCUUCCUCAAUCUCAGCCCUCCAGAUGUUUUGUUUCCUAUCAUCCCUGACCACUGGUCCUGCUAGCUAGGGAUCAUGGGAGUUGUAGGCCAAAAACAUCUGGAGGGCCGAGGUUGAGGAAGCCUGGGUUAGCCUUUUGGAAGACUGAAUAGGUGCCCCCAAUCAAAGAGAUAGUAAGGAUACAUGUAUCUAAUUUAUAAAAGCUUAUGGUGGCAAGAGCAACUCUAAAAGGAGUAUUCUGUCCUGGAUGUGAGAGAGGGCGAAAUGUCUCUUUUAAAUGCUCUGCACGUGUAUGCUUCAUCUGAAAACAAAACAGUCCUUGCCUGUAGAUUUAUGCAUAUUUAAUUGGUUAGAAACUCCUAUGAGAAGCUGGAAGAACCCUAGUUAUUUUUGUUACAACAUUAAGAACUGACAGGCACUCUCUUAUAGAGCCUUGUGCUAGCAAGAUAAGAAUUGUGGGAGAUAAGAGUUUGUCUUAUGGGUACAGAGUUUAUUUUUCUGGAAACUGAAAGUAGCUGAGCUAACAGCAGUGGUGGAACCUUUUCCUUCAUUUCUUUCAAGUUAUUCCUUCCUCAUUCGUAAUUAGUUGGUUUAUUAUAAAAGUAUCACAACCCAGUUAUAAUGCUUUUUAAGCUCUUUUCUUGCUCAGAUAUGUAAAACUUUGGAAAGAGGAGUGCUUAUUCUCCGCUGGCGUGGUAAGAGGCAUUUCUGUGGCAACCCAUUAGCCAAAGCAAAUGCCAUCCUUGUCCACAGCUUUACACAGUGUAAUUCCCUGUUAUUAAAUACAGCUGCAGGUGAGCAAACACUUCUUAAAAAUGCAAACGCUUCCCUUUAUUCAGUCUUUCUUGACUCUCCGUCUCUUAACCAAGGGAUGAACUCUGUGGCACGGUUAUGAAUUUUAAAGGGAGUUGAGCAAAGCAUUGCUUUGAAAUUAGCCUCCAUUGUGCCUUCACUGAAAAAGCAGUAGAGCAGCCCUUCUGCCUCGUAAUCUCUGUUAAUAAGGGUGACUGAGCACAUCUUCAUUAAACUGUUGGUGUUGCUGUGAUGGGGGAUUUAUUUGGCCCCAGCCUUCUUUCAGAUUCUGACCUCGAUGAAUCAGCCGUAAUGCUCACACUCUGAAAAUCUUUUGUUGCCUUGCUGCUGCUCUGAGAGCAAUUAGUAGUAAUGCACAAUAUAUUUGGGGCUAGGGAAGAACCCCAACACAUUCUUCCUUUUCUUCUCUUUUUUUAAUGAGGGGGCCUAGCUGUCAUAGAAUUCAAAGUUCACUUGAUUGAUUGAGCACCAUGUUAGCUCUUGUACCUAAAAACCACAAAAGACCAGGAGAACAUGUAAUAUUGCCCCUGAAUCAUUUUCUUCCCCCAUACCCUGUUUGCACACUUUGGUUGCCAAAUGUAGUGAGUUCUUCCGUGUGUAAAAUAUAAACCGUUUACCCACAACGAAGGCAAUUCUUGCAAUAUGAUGGCCCAUCCACAGAUUGCAGUUCUGAACAGAAGAGCAGAUAUUGGAAGCAAGCCAUGCUCUUCUAAGUGUUUAAGGAAAUCAAGCUUAUUGCGUUUUUGCAGGGCUGCGGCUUAAGACUGGUUAGAAGUGGGGGCAAAGAGAUUUUCGGGUUUUGACAUGGUUUUGACAUGGAUAUACAUUGAUGUUCUGCAACCAAUCUGUUUUGUUAGCCACUUUGGGCUUCCCUUGGGAAGGAUAAGCAAUAGGUAACAUAUUCAGAACAUGAAAUAUGUUUUGAAUUGCAAAACUGGAGGGUGUAUUAAGGGGGCUAGCUAUCGAGGGGGUUUGUUUAAUACCCCAUAAUAGCCAUAGCACUGUUAUCAACGUAUUAGAAGAACCAUGGUAUGUAGACCCAUGCAAUGCUUAUAGUAAAAGCUGCUCUGCAUGUCAAACCUAUGAAGUGGCCCAAUAUAGGUCAUGUGGUCUGAAGAACGCAAGGUAGAGGACGCAGCACACCACUGCUCUGAAUGGCACCCCUACACAGAUGUCCAUAGUUGACCCUUUUUCUGGUAUAUUAUGAGUCACACUACCCUCUUGUGGCCACAAGGUGGUGUUACCAAACUUACAUAUUCCACAACAUGGGCUGAAGCUGCCUUGCAUUGAGUCUGUCUUUUGGUUCUUCUAAGUAUGGUCAGCACACUGUACAGCUGACACCGCCUCUUAUUGCACCACAGUCAAAUAUUAGCCACCUUCAGACGUUCGUCCACAACUUUGUGCCUCUCUUCCAUCCACCCCCUUCCCUCAUGUGCUUGCUUUGGCGCAGAAGUGCUGGCUUGCAUUAAGCCAAAGUUUUCAAAUGUGGGACCAUGAGAAGGGCUUCAUCCCCGGAUCCAGGAACUCCAGCAUGCUAAUACAGGGACGAGCGUUGCUCCGAGAUGCUUGAGUCCCAAGUUGUUUAGGUGGCAGUACUUUAAAUUCAGCCCAGAAGCUUAUAGACACCCAUUGAAGAUCUUUCAGUAUUAUGUGAUCCCUGAUGGCUGCUCCAGGUAAUACUCUGACAGGCACACUUGGCACUAAUCGUAGUUUCCAGGUCAGUUUUAAGGCAGGUUCAUGUUGAGUGUAUUGCAUUAAUCCAACUGGGAGGUAGCCAGAGCACAGGUCACAGUGACCAGGUUAUCUCUGUCUAGGGCAGCCAUAGCAGACAAACUUGCCAGAGCUGGAAAACAGCAUUCCAAGCCAGUGAAGCACCCAAGUCUCUGAUGUCAGCUCCGUGUCAAGUACUUCCAGAUUAUUAGAACAUAGGAACUUAAAGAAGACCCUUCUGGAGCAGGCCAAUGGCCAUUCUAGUCCAUCAUCCUGUACUCACAGCGGCCAACCAGAUGUCCUUGUGGAACCCACAAACAGGAUCCGAGCACUUGCCCCUGCUGGCUGUCAGUGUAGACAGUUCUGAGCUCCUAGGGAUUAGAUCUGGGACCUGCUGCAGGCAACAAGUACUUGUUCUUCCUUAUCAUUGGCAGAAAGGGAUAGAUACUGUGAAUAUACACGUGCAGUGUUUUCCCAAAUGAUGCUUUCGGAAUCUUAUGUAUGGGCUGUCAGAAUAUCAGUAGUGCUAAGUCUUAAGUCUUGAGAGGAAUACAGCAUGAGAGCGCUGGGAUCCCCUUCUGGGUCUAUAGUUAAAAGUCAGCAGGUGGUUCUCUUCUAGCAAAGGUUUAAGACUGAAAAGCAAACUUUGGGAGAGUCGCCCUCUGUCUCUCUCCUAAUAUAUUCAUUUGUCAUAGGCAGACACACAGCGUAGAUCUUAAUUCCUGAUUUUAAUUGAAGUUGUCAGCUGGGGGAAAGGAGUGAUUGGUGCUGAUGGCACUGUAAACAAAGCUGCUUUAAGAUGUUUCUCCAAAUGAUUAGUGGUCUGUGUUUUAGCUGGAAGUAAUUGUUAUCCUUCCUCAAAUAUCAUUUAUCAAAAAUGCCACCUGCCAGUGGCAGAAUAUAAGACGAGCUAAAAGACCAAGCAGGAUUUAUAAUCAGUCCAACAUGCCCAGAAGACAAAGUCGGAAUUUAAUGUUACCCAAGACAGAUAAAUUUUUAAGGGGGUUAAAAACUUUAAAAACUGAAAUGAAAGAAAUGCCUAGUUCCUCAUAAACUGUCAUUUGUGGCAAUGGAAUGAUACAAUUUGAGGGUGUUUUUGAGUACAGUGGUACCUCAGAUUGCAUACGCUUCAGGUUACAUACGCUUCAGGUUACAGACUCCGCUAACCCAGAAAUAGUGCUUCAGGUUAAGAACUUUGCUUCAGGGGACUUCCGGGUUGGCGCCUCUGGCAAUGGCGGAUUUCCUCCGAUCGGGAGGAAUCUGCUCCGUGGAAAACAGGGUCUGAACCGCCACGGCGAGGCGAAGACCCAUCAAAAACCACAGGCGGGAGAAGCCUGUGGACGUGGGAUUCGGCCGGUACCUUUGCGCCCCCCCCUACUCGCGGGGAAACCCGAUUUCGGGGUUCCGGAGCGACGUGGGGUGAGUGGCGCGGUGCCUUGAAUCGUCUGCUUCUUUCACGGAGUGAAGCCGCAUUGCUGUUGCCGGAGAGCGCUGACUUUUUCCUGUGGAAACGGAACGGAUUGGAAUAAGAAAUUUCCUUUAAUUUGGCACUGAAGCGGAAAGGUAUAAACAGGAAGUCUGCCUUCCGCUUUUUGUAAAUAGAUUGAAGCAAAGACACGGCAAGCUAGAGCUUAGAAAAUCGUUUGUAAAGGAUCAAUUUUCAUCAUUUAAAAUUACUGAACCCCCCUUGGAAGCAGGAGAAGAGGGGGAACUUUUCUGGACUGAUUAAAUUUGCAGAAGACAAGUAAAGAAAAGCAAUUCUCCACCGUCCUGAACCUGGGAGCGGGGUGUCAGGACAGACGUCUUCGGGAAGUUCAUUGACUAUAGACAAACGUUUUUGACAGAUAGUUAAAAGAAGAGAAACAUAUUGAUUCCAUUGUUCCCUUUCGCAUUUAAAAGGAACAAAAUAUCGACAAAAUAUCUGAAAAAGGAAACUUUGUUGUUAGAUUUGCUUUUUUUUUUUUUUAAAGAGAGAGAUGGAUACAAUUAGAAGCUUUUUCCCCUAGAGGGAGCGUGUGAAACUGUUAUUAAAUUCGAACUGGGGAGCUUUGCAGCUGCAAUAGAUUAAGAUCGUGGGAACAGACUCUGACCUUCAACAAGAAUGUACUCGGAGGCUCUGGUGUUGGCCUUUUGUAAGACAAGUGCUUUAUUGGAACAGUUACAUGAGAAGAUGGAUUUGAUGACUGUUGGGAUUGGAAAGUUUGGACAGGCAGUGGGUACUUAUUUAGAACCCACUCAGGAAUUAACUUAGGAGUGUGCUUUGACAGAUCAGAUGAGGGAGGAGGUGGUUGCUGGACCUAGUGAGGCAGAGAUGGAGGGAACUGUGGCCCAGCAGGAACAUGAGUUGUUGGACUUGACAAAUGAACCUGGAGAAAGCCAGAUUUGGAGAGACAGAGUUCUGUUUGGCUUGGAGAUGGGGGGGCUGGAUAGACCCCCCCUAUGCAGGGAUGUUUUGACCUUUCAAGUCUGGCUUUGGGCCGGGAGGCGUUCAGAGUUGUGCGGGCCCUUAACUUUGGAGGGACUUUGAAACAUGCUUUUAAAUACCACAUGGAGUUCAGUGUUGACUUUGGAAAAGGGGCUGAUCUGUCGAGAAGGGACAAAAACAUUGUCAAGCUGGAGUCUCCCGAGUGAAAGGAGCAGAAGACAAAGUAAAGCACAGGUAUAAAUAUGAAGAAGAUCUGCGGAUGGGACAUGGAAGAGAUCCAAGGGCCUCGGAUAUAAGGUUACCAGGUUGAUGGACUAGAUGGAUGGGAUAGAAAGGACUGACAAAACCCGAGACCAGGAGAAAGAGACGUUGGAUGAAGAUUGGAAGAAAGUUUUAAACAAACUAUUUAGGAAAAUCUUGUAAAAGUAAAGAGUAUUAGAAAAAUGUUGGAAUGAAAUUAUUUGGCUUUAGCAGAAAUGUUAAAAAGAAUUAUGUAAGAAUAUGUCAUGGUUAAGAGAAUUUGGUAUAAAUGAGAUUUAAGUUUUAAGUUUUAGGGCCUUUUAUGGUAAGAUAAGGUUAAAAUAGAUUAAGGUAAUUUAAUGACAGAAUAUUAUGAAAGAUGGAAAGGAUUUGCUGAGAUAAUUAAUAACUAGAAUACAAAAAAGGGAGGUGUGAGGAGGUCGAUGAAACAAGGUAAUGACAGUUAAUGAUUUGGGAAUAUUGGAUUUGUUUUUUAAUUUUUUGUCUAUUUUUCCUUUUUGAUUCUGAUGUAUUAUGUGUUUUGUUUUUUUCUCUUUUUGACCUUGUUUUUUUUUUAUUGAUUCGUAUUGUUUAAAUGCUACUUGUUUUUUCCUUCUUUUUUUUCUUUGUUUCUUUGUAAUCUUAAAAUUCUCAAUAAAUAUUAUUUAAAAAAAAAAAAGAACUUUGCUUCAGGAUGAGAACAGAAAUUGGGCUCCGGCGGCGCGGCAGGAGCAGGAGGCCCCAUUAGCUAAAGUGGUGCUUCAGGUUGAGAACAGUUUCAGGUUAAGUACGGACCUCCGGAACGAAUUAAGUACUUAACCUGAGGUACCACUGUAUAUGCAGAGUGCAUCUCUCUCACACACCACAGGGCAACCAUAGCCUGUCAUGUUUGAUAUUAAAGCACAAGCUUUUCUAUCACAAGCUUAAAAGUGGGGUUGGGGGGCAAACUGCCUUCCCUUCCCCCUCUUUCUGCCCCUUUCAGAAAUUGCUGCACACAUGCAUGCCCACAACACAAAAGGUUAUCCAAGCUCCAAGGAUUUGGAGGUGGUUCUUUUGCUGCCCAUUUCCUUCUAUCCUCCACGGGUGUGCCUUGUUUGAUUUGAGAGUAACCUGCUGCACUUUCCCUCCCUCCCUCCCUCCCUCCCCCCCCUUCUGCCCUGCCCACACUAACUGAGCAGGGCUGACUGACAGGCAGGCAAACAGCCACGGAUCCUGCUCAAGCAUGUAUAAUGCAUACCUCCCCACACCAUUCCCACAAGGCAGCCUCACUACGCAAGCAAAAGGGAGCCCCGGCUGGCUUGGCUGUCGUUCUAAAGGCUAAACUGACACACAGCGCCAUCUCCCUGGGGUAAGAGCCACAAGGUCGCCUGGCUUGCUUUGAUUUUAAACGGGGGGGGGAGGAGGCGGAGAAGGCUAGCAAGAUGGGAAGCGGCAAAACAAGAAGCAGAUGUGGGGGGGGGGGCGAGAAAGAAAACUUUUGAGUCUGUUGACCCGUUGCCUGCAAUACACUUGAAGCUGUAGUGCUGAAAGACUUAACUGACUCUGUAACCCGAGAGCGUUGAAAUGGGGUCUGGGCUGUUUGCUUUUAACUGGACAUUUGAGCCGGGAACCCAGAAAGAUGCGAGCGGGUUGCCCUUUGCACAUUGACGCCGUUUUUUUACAAAGCUACUCUUCAUGGAUCUAGCAUUUGAGAAAGUUAGCCUGUAAAUGCGGCGGCUUUUAGAAAAGGAGCUCAAGGUGUUGUGGUUUGGUCUGGGUUUUCCCCAGAGAAAUCCUGAUGCUCUUAGCACACAAGACCAUGUUGAAUGGAAUGGUCCAGGGUCUGUUUCUUGGUUCCUUCUCACCUUUAAAGAAGCAAGCAAAAAGAAAGGGGGAGGGGAGAAAAGCUGGCCUCUUAUUACAGUAAGAUAAUUCCUGCUAUAAUGGCAUUUGUCUAUGUGUAUGUUCAUGGGGAAAUCAAAUGCAAUUUUCACAUGUUAAAUCAGUUUUUGCAUUUCUCUGCAGCUGUAGUCAAAUGCUGAUGGCCCCAUUGACUAGAAAGGGUUAUUUAUUUAUUUAAAAAAGGGCUCCGUCCACAUUCUGUACUACCUUAAUAUUCCAAAGUGGUGCAUUCCAGACUAAAAGGUGCUUUGGGUAUGACUUGUGAGAACACCUUUCUGUUAGAGGUUUCCUGAGGGUGCAAUGCUAUGCUAUGCAAUACCUGGAAGAAAGGCUGUUUGAAUUCAGUGAGACUUUUCUCUGCUAGCAUAAAAGAUAACUCCUAGUGUGUGAAAAAGAAUGCAGGGAGAGUAAUUCAAAACAAAAGUCAAUGUAGAUUCUAGAUUAUGCAGGGUUGCCUUCAAAUUAUAAGUAUGAAUAGAUACACAGAGACACUUAUAUAGACAUACUUGUUAUUAAUAAUUGUAAAAACUCUGAAAACUUUGUUGGGGUCUUAGGUUUUGUAAAUAAGUGAAUGUAUGAAUUGGUUAGAUCCCCUGACUGCAUUAUCUGGAGAUGUAACUUCUGACUUUUAAUAUUUGUUGAACACUCAUUGCCUUGGUUUGUGGAGUAAUGAAUCAUGGAAUUCAUAAGUGACCCGAACUUUGCAAGUGAUGCCCCAAGCAAGGAAAGGAAAGGAAAGGUCCCUUGAAGUCAAGCUCAUGUUGUUAGGUUGAUACUAGUUUCCUUCAAAAACAAGAAAGGCCUUGCCUGUUCUUAUUUUUAAACAAGGCUUUGAUCGCCAACCUGAUUACCAUGAAGAGCGUGGAAAUUCUGGCAAAGCAUUUGUGGACACUCCGUGGGGUUAAGAUUUUAAUGCACUAAAUGAUAACGCUUCUUUUUACAGUGCAAAAGUGUUUUGAAAAUUCCCUAAAACACGGUGCCAGGUUUACACCACAUUUUUGUGAAUUUUCAAAGCGAACGGCAAGGGUACCGUUUAUUUCUCCAUUCUGUCACCUACUCUUUACCAUAUUGCUUUCUCAAACUUGUAAUGCCACAUAUUUAAUAAGUUGAGCUCCAUCAAAUUAUGUGAUCUCACCCUUAAAGAAUUCCUUCCUUUUUGUCUUUUUAAUAGGUCAGAAUGUUUCUAAAAGAGAGUCACCUUAAAGUCAGUGGAAGGUUGUUGCAGAGUAAAUAAGUACAAUAUACAGCUGGUGAAAAUGAGCCUCCAGCUCCUGUGGCUGGAGUAGAUAUUUGAAAAUAGGGGUGUUACAUAAACUAAACUCUGCUCCUUUUUUAAAAGUGAAAUGUUGGGUGGGAAUGCACAAUGUGAAUCUGUAGUAAUUGCUAGUGGCUUUAAUUUGUUUUUGUUUUCAAUUGGAGUCUGGACAGCAUCCAGUCCUGUUAUUAGUGCUAGGGCUCUGCCCAGGACCAUGUAAAUUACUAAUAUACUUCAGAGCAUGUACAGAGGUGCAUUUAAGUCACCACAAAUCAGUGGUGCUCUCAGGGCAGAUGCCCGGAGCCCCACUCAGCAGAACAUCCAGAAGGGCCAUCAGACAUGGUGGGGCUUGUUUACCUAAUUUUUAAGUAAUGCACAUGGCCAGCUAAAGAGGAUGGGACAUAAGACAGUUAAGUUCAGAGCCUAAAAUUACCUAACUGCACCAUUGUCCUUGCUUGACCACCCAAGCCAAGCCAUCUCACCUAAUAAAGCAAGGGUUCCAUGCUAAUAAGCCCAGCUUUCAGGCAAGCUUCAGUAUUGUCUCAUCGUUUCUGUGGAAGUUAAUCUCCGCAGGGAAGCGUUUCCACAAGUCACUCCCAAUAUAUGAAAUCAUAGCAUGAUAGAAGGGUUGACACACUUUUUUUUCCCCUUGAAGGAAUUCUGUGCAUAUGCUGAGAAUCAGUUUGGCUCUGCGUGCCUGAGUCUGCCCUAUGAGGAAACAGGGAUAUAAACUCAAUCACCAUUUUGAUUCUUAUAUUUCUCUUCCACCCUUCUUCCAAGGAGCUCAGAGUGACAAAUUUGGAUUUUGUUAAAUGGUGGGAGCGACUCUUGGGAACAAUACCACGAAGAUUUGGUGCUUCUAUCGGCCAUUGCUUACACUGGAACACCCCCCGUCCUAAGAGUAACUCUGACGUUAAAAAAAAUUACAAGGUGGUGCGUCAAAAUUUAACAGUUGGAAUAAAUGUUUAGCAUAUUUAAGAUGUUAGUCUCUAUUUAGGACUACUGCUUUCUUUCGUUGAUAUUGGCUAGUUAGGCAAAAUGUAGAAUCAGCUGUUUAGUGCUGGACAGUACAUUCUCAGAUGUUAUCCUCAACCCCUUCACUAACAUCAUUGUCAUGCGUGCAGAGCGGGGGGGACUUGGAGCUGUUGUGGUUUUCCGAAGACAAUAGUCUUACUCAAAGCCCUGUUUAUAUGUUCUCUAAUUCAAGCUUUAUUUUGAAUCCUCAUAGCUCAUCCUCUGACAUUGAUGGAUAAUACUGGACUCUGUAUUUGUCUCCUGAUUUAUUUAGUUUGUUGAGGUAUAGAUAUUAAUGCGUGCAGAGAACCCCGAACGCAGUAUUGUCAAGCUUUCAGGUGUGAGGCUAUAUUAGUUCAGUAGUUGUGCAUUGCUGUAAAUCAGCUGAUUAUUUUUGGGAGAGAGUUUAUAACUUUUAAUAAAACCAAUGAGCAACAGAAUAGAUGCACAAAUGCCAGGGACAAAUGGAAGCAUUUUUUGCCCUAAACGAGGAAGGGAUUCAUAGAGGGUGAGGUGAAUGGCAGCUUGGACCUGUCUUGACUCAUACAUUUAGUUGUUCAUUCAGGUGGUUGCUUGCUAGGUGGUGGUGGUGGGGUUUUGGUGGGGAUGGGCUGCAAAAAUGGUGUAAGACAUCUUUGUAAGAUGGAUGCUUAUAUCAGAAGCAGGUGUAAUCCAGAAGUUUCAUGAAAACAGUGAAGAGGCAUAGAAUGUUUUGUAUUUGCAGGGGGUACUGAUUCUUACAAACAGAACAAUUGAUGGCUGGAAGGAACUGUAGGAUGGUGGGAACUGAUUGGCCAGAGAACCUCCUUGUCUCAAUCUUGGGAACAAAGUAAAGGGGCUUGCCAAUUAAGAAGGAGAACCUAGGUCACGAUAGCCAACGUGUGCCCUCCAGAUGUUGCUAGACUACAACUCCCAUCAUUCCUGAUCAUUGACCAUGGUGGCUGAUGGAAAUUAGAGUUCAGCAGCAUUUGGAGGGAACCACAUUGGCCACCCCUAUUCCAGACUAUCUGGGAAAAUCAAAAUCUAUUCAUAAGGCAUAUUCUUAGGUUUGGUUCAUACUGUGUUUUCACCACAUACUUUUGAAGAGCUGGAGGGGCACUGCAUUGACUACUCCUGACCUAGGUGAUGCAUAACCUGCUAACCUCACAUUUUGGGCCAAAUAAGUUUUGGUAGGAUUCUGAAGCUUAAUGCUUGAUGGUGUGGGUAACAGUGUUCCUCCAGUUCUGCUUUGAGAAUCUUGCACCUAGUCACUCACUAUAUGAACUGGCUGAGAAGUGUCAUUGAAAGAACAGCAGGCUUUAUGGACCAAGUCACAUGGUGUGUGAUAUCACAGCUCAGCACCUUCUAGAAAAACUUCAGAACGAAGGUUGGGCAAAACGGACGAGUUGUGAUUUUGACCCAUCUUAGAGAAGGCGGAAACUCAAAUGAUACUGACUUAACAGAAUCAAUUUCAUGUCAGCCAAGGCUUACAGUGACUCUGUGGAGCUGAGGUAAUGUUUUAGUGACUCAACAUAGGCAGGGGCUGCACAUGUAGGAUCCAGCCACAGAAACAGGCACCCUGCCAGAGGGUUGGGCUAUUUACAUAUUACACUAUUCACAUGGGAAGUGCUUGCAGAAAAGCAGCACCCACACAGCUGAGAGAAUGCUUAAAGGGCCCUUGUGGUGAGAAAACCCUUUGAGCAUAGACUGUGAGGGGACAGCUGUAUGAGGUGCAAGGAUUGUGUGCGUGCUAUAUAAAUCCAGAAGGGACAUAGGUGGCGCUGUGGUUUAAACCACUGAGCCACUUGAGUUUGCUGAUUGGAAGGUCGGUGGUUUGAAUCCCUGCGAUGAAGUGAGCUCCCGUUGCUCUGUCCCAGCUACUGCCAACCUAGCAGUUCAAAAACAUGCCAGUGCAAGUAGAUAAAUAGGUACUGCUGCGGUGGGAAGGUAAACGGCGUUUCUGUGUGCUCUGGUUUGCAUCACGGUUUUCCGUUGCGCCAGAAGUGGUUUAGUCAUGCUGGCCACACGACCCGGAAAGCUGUCUGUGGACAAACACUGGCUCCCUUGGCCUGAAAGCGAGAUGAGCGCCGCAACCCAUAGUCACCUUUGACUGGACCAGGGGUCCUUUACCGUUACCUAUAUAAAUCCAGAAUAAUUCACUGUAGCUUAUCUAGUAAUGUUGUUGUUCGAUUUCUACUUACAAAAUGGUGCACUUUCCCUUCGUUUUUUGUAAUACACAAAAUACUUGUAGGCGUACCUCUGUAAUGCAAUACAUUUCCUUCAUUAAAAGACUCGUUAGGAGGAAAAGUAGUAUUUUCUCCCUUUUGGGUGGUGGCUUGCUAGAGUUUAUCCAGUUGGUUUUUGUGCGUGUUUGCAUUUUGUCCUUAAAAAAGAAAAGUGUGAGCAUGGUUAGUUCCAAGCUACACGCCCUUCUAAAAUUUAACACUCAAUUCUUUAGAAGCAAGAAUAGUUUGUUUCUUCUCUCUUGUCUUUUUUAUAGCCUUCUCAUAGCCUACAGGGUCCGGUUGUGGCCAGACACAUAAAGGUUGAAAUAUUCUCAGGAAUGCUGAUUUAGCAGCUUUUCUGUUCUGACUUGUAAGUGCUGGAAUUCCUAUAAGAAGAAUUAGCCCAGCUUCCAGAAUCUGAACAAAAAGUGGAAUGUUAUCUUUUGAUUUGGAAAAAACUAUUUCCUCCUACUGUCUAUAACAUAGUAGCAAUGUUUAGAAAUGGCAUGUUCCAAGAAUGUAAGGUGUUCUGAGGAUGAAUUGGAAAAAGUAAAUAAACUGAAACAACUGAAGUUGGCCACAAGUCCUAAACAGGUUUAAGGUGAAAGCUCCAUUAAAUACAGUGAGAUUUAUGUUAUGUACUGAAGUUCUCACCCUGGGCUAGCAGGGGGAUACUGUAGAUAGUUCAGGUCCACAUAUGCAAAUAAGGGAUCGAAAGUGACGUUCAGUGAUUGGAUAGUUACAGAAAAUGGUUACUGCUGCGUUCUAGUGGAGCUCUAUAUAAGCAGGCUGGCUGAACCCUUCAGUUCUGUUCUGGCCUGUGAAUAAACAAGAGCUGUUUGAAGAAUCGCUGUGUCGUCUGAUAUGUUCACCCACAACUUAACAAUUUACUUCUGCAUAAAUAUAUGGAGAAGGGCUGCAGCUGAGUGAUAGAGCAUCUGCUUGCAUGCAGAAGGCCGCAGGUUCAGUCCCCAGCAUCUCCAGGUAAGGCUGGGGGAGACUCCUGCCUGCAACCCUGGAUUGCAGCUGCCAGUGUAGGCAGUGUAGGCAGUAAUGAGCUAGAUGGGCCAAUAGUCUGACUCAGUACAGUGGUGCUUCGUCUAGCGGUUUUUUCGUCUUGCGAAGCAACCCUAUUAGCGGAUUAGCGCUAUUAGCGGUUUAGCGGCUAUUAAAGGCUUAGCGGCUUAGCGGCUUAGCUGCUAAAAGGCUAUUAGCGGUUAGCGGCUUAGAAAAAGGGGGGGGAGCGAAAAAAAAUCUCAAGACUCGCAUAGGGAAAUUCGUCCUGCGAAGCAACUCAAAAACGGAAAACCCUUUCGUCUAGCGGGUUUUCCGUCUUGCGAGGCAUUCGUCUUGCGGGGCACCACUGUAUAUCAACUUCCUAUGUACUGAUGCACAGGAUCCAGAGUUGUAAACUCAUUGAAAAUAAUAGAUGACAUUUAGGUCUAGCACAAAUGUAACACUGCCCAGUUUUCUAAUACAUUGCCUAAGUCUGAGUGCUUCACCCCCUGUUCUGUUCUUCCUUGCACGUGAAUUCCUCCCCCUUUUAACUUCCAGUCCUAACCAUGGUUAGCAUUUAUUUAUUUGUUCAUUGUUUAAGAAAAUGUCUUUACCACUCAAUUGUCAGAAAACCUCUAAGCGGUUUACAAAAAACAUAAAUAAAAGUUUAUUGAUAAACAGUUAGGAACAGGUAUUUAAAAAUAUUCAAAAGAUGAUUAUACAUGCAGUUCCGUCAGGUGGAAAUGUAUCAACACCUACCCUGUGAUGUUGUGGAUGCACCAUGUAUUUUGUUGGUAAAGCUGGGCUGGCCUACAUCUGUCUCGAGAGACAAUGGAAGAGUGCGCCUUUGGCAAUAAAGUCAAAGCAUUGGAGAGUUACAUCGCCUGCUGUGGCUGUAGAGACCGAUAUGGGAGAGACAUGUUUUAUUGCAGAUGGGACAGAUGGAAGUGCCUGGUUUGCUACUACAGGUACACCAUGGCGUUUCUGCUCUCUGCACUCCUCCCAGCGUCAUUCCUCCUCUGGUCACUGUUGUCGAUACAUUAAUAAUAUAUAAUAAUAAUAAUUUAUUAUUUAUACCCCGCCCAUCUGGCUGGGUUUCCCCAGACACUCUGGGCGGCUUCCAACAGAAUAUUAAAAACACAAUAAAACCUCAAACAUUAAAAACUUCCCUAAACAGGACUGCCUUCAGAUGUCUUCUAAAAAUCAGAUAGUUGUUUAUUUCCUUGACAUCUGAUGGGAAGGCGUUCCACAGGGCGGGCGCCACCACCGAGAAGGCCCUCUGCCUUGUUCCCUGUAACUUCACUUCUUGCAGUGAGGGAACCGCCAGAAGGACCUCGGAGCUGCACCUCAGUGUCUGGGCUGAACAAUGGAGGUGGAGACACUCCUUCAGGUAUACUGAGCUGAGGCUGUUUAGGGCUUUAAAGGUCAGCACCACACUUUGAAUUGUGCUCAGAAACAGGGAACCAAUGUAGAUCUUUCAGGAUCAGUGUUACAUUACCUGUCUGUCUGUUUCCAGGCAUUGCAAUCAUCUGCAAGGGAUUCCCAUACGGUGGGGUUAAUGUUGCCAGCCUUCAUGUCACAUUUGCGGACAACCUUGUAACACAGAAUUAUUCUGCCAACAGGCCCGUAGAGCAUGUCCUUGGGGACCCUGUCAUCUUCUAUUCUGUGGAUAUGAGCAAGCCAGCAUAGACAUCACUGAGACAGAAGUGUGAACAUGCUGGGCAUGUGGGCUUGGGAGAGCACAUCUUUGUUUGAGACUCUGUCCUGCCAUGUGAUGCCCGGAAUCUUCUUGACACAUAUUUAAUCAUGUGUUCAGUGGUGGAUUGCUCUGAAAGGCUAGGAUCAAGCUCCACAGUUGUACCAGCUUUUACGAUCACCUACCAUUCUGACUUCUGUGCAGAAGUGAUGUCUUGACUUUAAAAAUCUGGUUUCAAAGAACACGGAAUGCAGUUCUAGAUUUCAGCUGGCUUGCUCACUUUUGACCUGGGCUUAUUCAUCCUUUUCCCUUUCUCCUCUAGUGACGUAAAACAUCCAUAUUACGUUCCCUCGUGGCUCAGCCAUUACUUUUGCAGCACAGACCAUGUAAAACAGUGCAUUUCUUUGUCUUCCUAUUCCACUUCCAAUUCAUUUCAUAGAAAGAAAUGAGGCUAUUAUAAGAAAGUCAAUUCAUUAACCUUCACAAGUGGCAUUUUAGACUUUGAGGCCAACAUUGUUCUAGAAUUAUGACAAGUACCACUGUUGAAGAACUAACUUGUCCACUAAAACUCACUUUUACCUGGGUGACUGCUGCCACUGCGUUUCUCCCCUUCUUCCACCGCCCUCUACUGCUGCCACCCCUGCAGCAGUAGAAGCUUACAGGUUCAUACUCCAUCCCACAGCUUCUCUCCUUCCUCUUCAUUGGGCAGACAAAGAGGUGGGCCUUACUAUGGCCACUUACCACUUCUAAUAAGUAGGACUGCUGGGUUUUGGUUAUUUGAAGAGGUGGGUGGCCCAUAGCCAGACAGUGUACUCCCGAUUGAAGCGUUUGAGAACCAGGACAUUCGCAGGGAUACCAAAAUGCUUGUUUACAAAGCUAUUGUACUACCAACCUUGCUGUAUGCUUGUGAAACAUGGACCACUUAUAAACGCCAUCUCCAACUCCUCAAAAGAUUCCAUCAACGGUGUCUCCCAAAAAAACUGCAUAUCACUUGGGAAAGGAAGACAGGUGAACUAAUGCCAGUGUACUGGAAGAAGCUAAGAUCACCAGUGUCGAAGCCAUGAUUCUUCAACAUCAACUUUGUUGGACUGGUCAUGUUGUUCAGAUGCCUGAUUAUCGUCUUCCAAUGCAACUACUAUAUUUCAAACUUAAAAAUGGAAAGUGUAAUGCUGGUGGUCAACAAAAGAGGUUUAAAGACUUUCUCAAGGGAAAUAUUUUUUAAAUGUAGUAUAAACACCGACAAUUGGGAAACUCUGGCGUGUGAGCGCUCCAAUUGGAGAAUAGCCUUUACCAAAGGACUUUGAAGACGCUCAAACUCAGGACGAAACAUGCUUUGGAAGGAACCUGUGGCAAACCCUCACCAUGAUCAGCUCCCGCCCAGAAACCUAUGUCCCCACAGUGGAAGGACUUGUGGAUCCAGAAUUGGCCUCCACAGUCACUUACGGACUCACUGUUAAGACCGUGUUCAUGGAAGACAGUUUUACUUGACCACGAGUGAUCGCCAAAGAAGAAGAAGAAGUUGUUAUUGUCAAGGCCUGACUCCUCCUUUACAUUCCUGCUAUUCUGACAUGGUAUGUGUGUGAGAGAUUCACUGCAGAACACGCUCUAUGAUUCCUUAUGUUCCAGCCGAGUUCUGCUUAUUAGAGGAGGAAGGUAGCCAUACCCUGGGGCAGGAUGCUGCUUAGUCACACACACACACACCAUCCUGCUGCCCAAGACAUGUGCUCCCUCUUGUCUCCCCUCUGUCUGGGCCUGGUUGUUUGUUGCUAACACUGAAGCAGUCUGCAUUGUGAUAUAAUUGGUCCUAAGAAACUACCAGAGAAUUUAACACAUUUUUAGCUUUUCUGCUUCAUUUCCAGUGGUUUGUGAUGUGCCCCCAAAUAAGGCAUUUUAUUUGUGAUUUAGUUGGUGCUAUGUGUGGCUCUAUUCUUUUCUCUGUUUUUUAAAUCUUUUAAUUACCUCUCUUCCUCUUGCUACUGUGCAGCAGUUCACCCAAUGGUGAACAGCAAUGCUCUGCAACAUUAGGAGACACUCACUGAGGGCUGGGUAGGGAUUUGGAAUUGAUGGACUCAUAGAACCAACAUGGCAAAUUGUUCCACUGAAUCUUGUUUGCCAUGCUGCUAUAGCAACAGUCUGAGACCAUUAUUAUUUUUAUCCUGUGAAGUUGUUCAGAAGAGCCUGCCUUGCAGAUGGCUGUGUUGUCUGCGGUAUAAUUGCUUUUCAAUGAAGCAUCUUCAUCCUGGAGAAAAAGGAGCAGAUGCAAAGCAGAGACUUGAAAGAGAACGUAUAAUUGUCAAAAAAGGAGGUAUGGUGGAAGAACACUCCCAGUGUAUAUCGGAUCAGCUGAGGAGUGUUGUCUUGCUUGAGAACACCGGGAUAAAGCAAGAUGUUUCUAGAGUUAAUUAAUCAGAUUAUCUGAAUGAUCGCUUACAUCCAUGUGAACCUGCUGACAUGGCAUUGACAUCUUUGAAGGCUCUGCUCUCUGGUCUGUCACUAGAGAAGCUUAGGUUGGCCAGGUACUUCUCAAUGGGGCCUCACAAUUGGUGGAAUUCACUUCUCUGGGAACUCUCAUUGGUAACUCUCUUCCGUCUCCAUCAAAACAUCUUUAAGACUGCAGAAAGAAUGGUACACCUGCAUCAGCACAACCAGGCAUCUUCAGCUGCCAAAAACAUUCCUCUCCCAUAUUGGUUUCUACAACCACAGCAGGCGCUGUAACUCCCGCAACCAUUUGACUUUACUCCUGAAGAUGCACUCUUCCAUUGUCUCCCAAGACAAGACAGAUGCUAACCAAUGCGUUUUUACUCUGCAACACCAUAUUACAUUGGUCAUACACAUUUUAUUACAUUUUUUAAAAAUUACCUGUUGUGGUGGUAUUUUGAAAUGUUAUCACUUUUCUGUUAGCUUAUUACGCCUCUACUCAAAGAUCUGAUUUGUUACUAGACUGAGAGCAAAGUGUUGUAUUUAAUAUUGAAAGCUCUUAACAACUUGGGACCAGUUUCCUUGCAGGAUCACCUCAAGCUAUGUGUGCCCACACAACUUCUUUAAUAUGUGGAACUUAGUCUGCAUCUGUGAGGAAACAAUAUUUUUGUGUGGCAGCACCCGUGCUCUGAAACUUCCUGCCUGUGGACAUCAGGCAGGUGCCUUUAUUGUACUGUUCUAGACACCUGUUAAAAAUAUUUUUGUUUUGGAAAGCCUACCCAGACAUGUAAACUUAACUCUUCUUCCUUUAUUAGCACCCAACAGCCCAUUAAAAUAUUUUAUAACAAUUGACAGUUACACUUGAUAACUUUAAUAAAAAUACACAGUAAUACAGCUGAGAAACACAGAAUUAAAAUACUAGACCACACACACAAUCAGGCAAUCGUAAGAGGUCUAAUAAGGAAAAACUUUGCCACAUUUUCGUGAUUAUUUGGAUUAUUAGAGACUCAGAAGGACCAGUAGGGAAGGGUUGACUGUUGUCAGAUGUAACAUAAGUGGCACAUGCUGCAGGUUUUCCUAUCUGUCUUCAGCCUGUGCUGGUUGAAGGUAAUGUCCAUUGGAACAAUUGGAACAUUUCAGUGUUCUUGGCAAAUCACAGCUGAAAGUGGUACAACAAAUGACUGCUUUCUAUAAUACUAUACCAGUAAGUUUUUGCUGUGGCUGAAUGCCAGAUUAUAGAUCAGGCAUAGGCAAACUCAACCCUCCAGAUGUUUUGGGACUACAACUCCCAUCAUCCCUGACCACUGGUCCUGUUAGCUAGGGAUGAUGGGAGUUACAGUCCCAAAACAUCUGGAGGGCCGAGUUUGCCUAUGCCUGUCAUAGAUAAUCUGAACACUCCCAGUUGCUGAACAGAACAGGGUAGCAUGGCAGUUUGUAUUGCAGCUGUUGAGCCCAGUGGUCUGUAGCCAGGAUUAAAAAUCGAGGAGUAACAUGUCUCCAACGCCUAAAAGGAAAUUAGAUGUCGUUGUUUGUGGUGUGAAAUGGAGAAGGAAGCAUGGAUUUCCUGUCUACUUCUCACCAUGCAGUCCCAAAGUAAUUAUCAGAUCUUGUUCCUGGAUAUUAUGAAUUGCUCAUUCUUGAAUCAUGUGGUUCUUUUGCAGGUCAGCUUUGUCCUGAAAUCAUAGGCUUGGUACUUACUUUUUCCUUUUCAUGAACUUCCUCCCUUCCUUAUGUGCUCAUGUUGUCUAUAGGAGAAGGUGAGCGUUGAAUGUUGUGAGGGAGGAAACAGUGGCCUCUUGCCUAAUUCCGCUUUCUGGAUUUCUGUGAUGUGACCCCUGGUAAUCUGAUGAACUUGUGUAGCUUUGUGUGCGCACAAAUAAAAGGAAGCCAACAAAAUCCCAAGUGACGAAUGGAAGAUAAUAGUCCGACAUUGGCUUCUGUUAAUUUCCUGCCAUUGUGAGUGGCUGCUUUAGUCAUUGUGAGACUUUAUUAUUGAGGUUUGUUUGAUUGAUGGGCACCCAUGUCAGAGAAGGGUCCCAAGUUAAGGCAAGAAGGUUGCCUUUCCUUCAGAGAUGAAGGUCAGGGGAUGAAUAGCUCUCUUGUUAUGAGUGUUGCAUCAUCAACACACAUGUCCUUCACUCUUUUUUGGAGCCUUGAGGUCUGGGCUGCAGAGAUUUCAGUAAAUGUAAAUAAGAUGCAGUGUUUCUGUUCCCAAGUGUCCCAGGUUCCCAAGGAGGGGAAUAAUGGGAUGCAUGCAAGCAGCCUGGUUCCAGGCUCAAUUGCUCUAUAAUCAUGCAAACUUACAAGUAGUGGUUCCCAGGCGCUUGGUUUUGUCUGGCAGUAGAGAAAGCAAAAUAGAGCCUCUUGACUUACAUUAUUGCUGCACCUUGCCCAAGUUGCCAGAGUGACUUCUUUUUGGUUCCGUUAUCUCAAUGGUUCUUAGACCCCAGCCUGGCUUCUGGAGACUGAGGAAAUACAUUUUCCCACCAACCAAGAAAAUGUUCACGUUUUUGUGUUCUGAGAAAAGGUAACUGUCCCUUCAGUUGAAAUCUUACAUAAUCAUACAUUGCUCCCGUGCAACAAAAAAGUUACAGUGAUGCAUUUUAUGCAACAAGUGAGUAAAAACUGUGUGUGUGUGUUUUGAGGGAAUGGGAAUUUGGAAAGGUCCUCAUUUCCAGGGAAGGUUCCUUCAUUCUGAAACACUUGCUGUUAAGGAAGAAGUAACAGAAAGGUGGAACGGGCUAGAGCUAAGAUGUAAAAUAUACAUGUUGCAAAAGAUCUCUGAUUCGACCCCUGGGAAGUCCAAGAAGGAGAUGAGAAGGUCUUCUGCCUGUGAUCUUGGGGAGCAACUGCUAGUCAGUUUAAAUAAUGCCAAGCUAGAUGGAUCUGUGAUCUAGCUUGAAACAGAUUCAUAUAAUUGUGUCCCGCUUAUACCUAUUAAGAAGUAUCAAAGUGGUGCAGGGGGGAAAAAUGCAAAAUACAACAAAACAAAGAAUAAAAUUUUAUAAUCAAUUUCAUAUCAGUCAAAAUAAAGAAGAGGAGCAGAACAGAAACAACAGCAGAGCAAAUCUCAGUAAAAACCACAAUUACAAUUGCAGGACUGCACUGGCUGCCAGUUAGUUUUCGGCCCAAUUCAAAGUGCUGUUUUUGACUUAUAAAGCCUUAAAUGGCUCAGGACCACAAGACCUCAAGGACCACCUCUCUCCAUAUGAACCUACCCAGACCCUUCUUCAUGUGCCUCCUCUAUGUGAGGUCAAGAGGGUGGCAACAUGAAAAUGGGCCUUUUCUGCAACGGCUCCCACCUGUUUUUCGUUUGAGGUUCGGCUAGUGCCUUCAUUAUACACACUUAGGCACCAGGUGAAAACGUUCCUCUUCAACCAGGCCUUUGGCUGAUUUGACAUACAAUGCCCUUUUAAAUGUGUUGUGGGAGGGGAGAUUAUUGGUUUGGUUUGGUUUGGUUCUUAUUUUUAUCAUGUCUUUUGUGGUUUUUAUAUUGUAAUUUUAUGUUGUGAACCGUCCUGAGAUCUAGAGAUGAAGGGUGGCAUACAAUUUUUAAAAAUUUAUUUAUUUAUUUAUUUAUUUAUAAGUCAGCUUUAGAAAAGCAGUGUUUUGCAUGCUGGUUAAAUUUCCACUGCAGGGAGUUCCAGGCCCCUAGCAAGGCUACCAAGAGGACCAUGUCUCUCCUGUGACAGAGAGCAAGGGGUUUGAAACUGAUCUGAAUGGCUAGGCAGGUUUAUAUAGAAGCAGGCAGACUCUGAGAUAACUGGGUCCAAAGCUGCUUAGAGGCAGAUCCUAGGGCAGAGAUGGGGAAACUAUGGUCCUACAGGUGUUAUACAGUGGUACCUCGGGUUACAGAUGCUUCAGGUUACAGACUCCGCUAACCCAGAAAUAGUACCUUGGGUUAAGAACUUUGCUUCAGGAUAAGAACAGAAAUCACGUGGCGGUGGCAUGGUGCCAGUGGGAGGCCCCAUUAGCUAAAGUGGUGCUUCAGGUUAAGAACAGUUUCAGGUUAAGAACGGACCUCCAGAACGAAUUAAGUUCUUAACCCGAGGUACCACUGUACUCCCAAUUCCCAUUAGCCCCCCCCCAGCACAACAGAGAUGAUGGGAGAUGGAGUCCCACAACAUUUGCAAGGCCACAGGUUCCCCAUCUGUCCUAGGGGAACCUGCGUGUGUGUUUAUGUACUGUUCCAGAAGCUUGAGGGCUACUGUGGGUGAGAAGUCAGGAGGGCAGGGGCUGGAAUCAGUGGUUGAUCAAUAAAACUUCUGUUCUCAAAAUGAAUCACUAUAAUCUCCGAGAAAUAGUCUGCUUCUGGAUGAACUGCAGGAGCUGGCCACGAGCCCUGCACAACAAUUGAGGAGGAAGCCCCUGCAGUUCAGUCCAUGGCAUACACAUGCCCAAUUCUGUGUUAAAUGUGGGCUGGAGCCCAAAAGAAGAUGCUACUGGUGAAAUGCCUGAAGCUACGAUGGUGGGAAGCAAUUCCAGUAUGUUUGUUCUAAAUGACGUUCCACCCAUGUUACCUGGCACAGGCUCAAAGCAGUGCGAAAGCUUCCCAGAGCAGAAGCAGAUGGUCUCUGAACAGGUCUUCUUUCCCACUGUAAAGAAGACUUGGAAGGUCAGUCCUGCCCUGAGUCAGUUUGUUAAAAUUGCCAGACUGUGCCAGAAUUUUGUCUACGCUACAGCUGUCAUUGGUAAAUCUGCUGGUGAGAUGUUGUUGUUUGGCUUUUGGACUGUGACCCAGGAAAGAAGGAGAGAACACAAUGUGACAGGGAUGGUUGCUUUCCAGUGGAGAGAGAAGCAACCAUGAGGACUUCUUUUUUGGGUAGAACCAUUAUGCUUUAGUGAGUAUUAGCCUUAGGUGUGGUUCAGAUCAGAGAAGAAGCUCAUUACAGGGCUACCUGAGUAUGUAGAACUACAAAUGUGACUAUAUUGUAGACUCUGAAGAGUUGGAAGGGACCCAACGGUCAUCUAGUCCAACUCCCUGCAAUGCAGGAAUCCCAGCUAUAUCCAGUCCCAGAAAGAAAGAAAGAAAGGAAGGAAGGAAGGAAGGAAGGAAGGAAGGAAGGAAGGAAAACUGGGUAGAGAAGAGGUAAGGGUGGAGAAGCAGUGGAGAAAUGCCCCAAAUUGGGCUGGACUAUAUUUUUUUUGGGGGGGGGGAUGAACAAAUUCCUAUGCCCCACAAAUAACCCAGAGAUGCAUUUUAAAUAAAAGCACACAUUCUACUCAUGUAAAAACACGCUGAUUCCCGGAUUGUCUGUGGGCUGGAUUGAGAAGGCCAUUGGGCCGCAUCUGGCCCACGGGCCUUAGGUUGCCUACCCCUGUCAUAGAUGCACAUUUGAAACCUUCACAUGGGGAAAAGCUGCUGGCGAAGCAGUUUGGUGCAGGGAACUAGUAAACGAGAAAAGAGUCCAGUUCCUUCAUGUUUCUGCUCUCAAUCAUUCCUUCCCAAGCAGCUUUUUCCAACCAUGGGGUCAGGGCUCUAUUGCACAGAUAUGUGGAGUCGAAGCACUUAAUAUCAUUUUCCCCUACUACAACUGCAUUUAUGGAACAUUUUCUGAUUCUCUUCUGUGGUGUCUUCAUUGUACUCUUUCUUCUUAUAGACCCCAUCAAACCCUAAGUAAUUUCUCUGACAUUUGGCUGUAAAGUUUUCAUACAUCAACACCAUGCUUGUAAACACCACUGUUCUCAUUAUAUGGAAUAAUGAGUUAUAUUUGUCCUGCUCUGGGUUAUUAUAGUGUGUAGCCGCUAGUUCAGCUACUUCUUAAUUUAUGGGCAAUAUAAAGCAAACAAAAAUGAAAUUGAAUUAUCUCUCUAUCUGAACAAAAUGUCCAUGGUGAUAGCUUUAAAGUUUAUUACUGCAAGGAAGAAUGGACAUAAUUUUGGCCAUAAAUUAUAUGCUAGUCUGUUCUGCCUAGCAUUUUAAGAUUGUUGUUCAUAUUCAAGGCAGUUGUGCCUAGCUCAGCUAGGCAGCAACCUUGCAAUAACUUGACAAGUGGGAAAUGAUAAAAAUGCUGCCUCCACUAAUCUAUAUUAAUCUCUUCUUCUUCUUCUUUAGCGAUCACUCAUAGCUGAGUAAGAUUGUCUUCCAUAAACAUGGUUUUAACAAAGAGUCCGUAAGUGACUGUGGAGGCCAGUUCUGGAUCCACACGUCCUUCCACAGUGGGGACAUAGGUUUCCGGGCAGGAGUUGAUCAAGGUGAGGGUUUGACAAAUGUGCCUUCCUCUUAGCAGAACAGAGCCUUACUGCGAAGACGGUUUAAUCUCAUACCCAGCAACUUGCACCAGUUGAUGCAAGGAUCACCUAGGUUGCUAAAAGCUUGUGUAGAGGGGGAAAACACAACAAAUUUUCUGUUUUGUGGUGACUUUUAUACUUCAGCUCCUUGCAUGGCAGUGAUCCCUUUUGUUCUUGUGCCUGAGGCUUGUGAGCAGUUUGCCACAUAUCAGGACCAUGGGUUUAAAAUGUCAGGUUGACCACUGGCCAGAAAAUCAUAGAAUCAUAGAAUCAUAGAGUUGGAAGAGACCACAAGGGCCAUCGAGUCCAACCCCCUGCCAAGCAGGAAACGCCAUCAGAGCACUCCUGACAUAUGGUUGUCAAGCCUCUGCUUAAAGACCUCCAAAGAAGGAGACUCCACCACACUCCUUGGCAGCAAAUUCCACUGUCGAACAGCUCAUAAAGUCAGGAAGUUCUUCCUAAUGUUUAGGUGGAAUCUUCUUUCUUGUAGUUUGGAUCCAUUGCUCCGUGUCCGCUUCUCUGGAGCAGCAGAAAACAACCUUUCUCCCUCCUCUAUGUGACAUCCUUUUAUAUAUUUGAACAUGGCUAUCAUAUCACCCCUUAACCUCCUCUUCUCCAGGCUAAACAUGCCCAGCUCCCUUAGCCGUUCCUCAUAAGGCAUCGUUUCCAGGCCUUUGACCAUUUUGGUUGCCCUCCUCUGGACACGGUCCAGUUUGUCAGUGUCCUUCUUGAACUGUGGUGCCCAGAACUGGACACAGUACUCCAGGUGAGGUCUGACCAGAGCAGAAUACAGUGGCACUAUUACUUCCCUUGAUCUAGAUGCUAUACUCCUAUUGAUGCAGCCCAGAAUUGCAUUGGCUUUUUUAGCUGCCGCGUCACACUGUUGGCUCAUGUCAAGUUUGUGGUCAACCAAGACUCCUAGAUCCUUUUCACAUGUACUGCUCUCAAGCCAGGUGUCACCCAUCUUGUAUUUGUGAAAAGGCGUUGAACCAUUCACACAAGAGUGACAUGGAGUAUUAGGCCGUAUAUUGUAUGGCCACCCUUUGCUCCUACUAUGUUACAGUGGCUUUCCAUCAUAGAACUCAAAUGGUUUCUUUUAUAAGGAGGGUAUUCACUCCCUUUGAGUCUUUUAACUGAUAUUCCACAACUACUAGCUUAUCGCUCUGUCCUCUGUUGGUUUGCAUAUGUAGAAACAUAGGAGGAAGAUGCCUUAUACCUAGUCAGUUUCUAGCUCUACACUAGGGAUAUAAGAAGACUUUGUUUUCCAUUCCACCCUGUAUUCUUUGCAUACAGUAGUGUUCCCACUCUGCUGUAGUUCAUCCUCUGCCAAAAGGUACGUUAUUCAUCUUGCUGUCUACUGUGGCAAAAUUGCAUAACUUACUAUGUGAGUUACAUUGACAUGGUGUUAUUCCAUCCCAUUCAUGUCAAUACAGAGGAAAUACAGUGCAAAGCAGGGGGUGUCAUAAUCAGUUGCAUAUUGCUUGUGUACUGAAAGCAAUAACAAACAUAGCAGGCCAACCAUAUUUGCUUAGGAAGGGAUGAGCAGCCAUUGGACACCACAUCAUUCCUCACAGUGCUUCUCCACCCCAGGAGUCAGCCAGCCACGCUGGUCUUGGCUUGACUGAGCUCUCCUCAGUCUUGUGUCUUCACCUACAAGGGGUGUGUCAGAGAGAGAGAGACAGAGACUGCAAUAUUAAGUGAAAGGAAUGGUGAUAUUCUUGCCACAUGCAGACAGGCCAGUGGCUAUUUGUCACAGGCAGCCAGGUCACUGACCAUCUUGCUUGUGAGUCCUGGAAGACCUGCUUCCUCUCUUGCAAGCCUUUUUCCACCUGGCCUAGGAAGGCAGGGCCCUGACUGACUUGUCUGGCUGUUAGACUCUUGGGCUGUGGUAUUAUUUAAGGGGAUUUUUUGGUGGGGGUUGCCGCUGUUAUUUAUAUUUUUUUAUAUCUUUAUUUUAGAUCUUACUAUGAUUUAUGUGGAAAUUGUUUCAAUUUGGUGGUGUAUUUUUUGAUCUUUUAUAUAUUGUUUAUGAUCAUUUCUGUUCUGUUUGUAAUUAUUCCUCCUCCCCUGCCCCGUGUUGUAAGUUGCCUUGAGCCUAGUUUUAACUAUAGAAAAGCAGCAUGCAAAUGAAAUGGUGUGUGUAUUUACAAACAGUGCCGGAUUUACGUAUAAGCUAAAAAAGCUUAGGGCCCCACUCUUUUGGGGGCCCCCAAAAAAUUUAAAGAAAAAAAACUGGAUGUACAUUUCCAAAAUAUAAGAUAAAAAACAAAUAAAACAAAACCUACAUACAGUUAGAGCUGAAUAAUUAUUUCACUAUUAAUAUACUUCUUAAUUGUAUUUCACUACAGUAUUAAUAUACUUCUUCUUAAUUGUAGUUCAGUUCAACAAAUCCUUUGAUAAAAUACAUAUUUUGCUAUGUGCUAAUGGUUGUAGAUACCUAUGAGGUCCGUAAAUUACCAUAUAGCAUAUAUUCAACACAAAAAACAGUGACAAUUUGUUGUUACAGAAAGCUUCAAAAACGACACUAUGUAAAUUGUCUACUUCCUUCUCAUCUUGUGCAGGCAUUUUGUUUGUCAUAUUCAGCAGAUAGAAGAUACAGUUCUGCAUUAACAUUUGAUCCUUAGGAAAUACCCUGGGCACCAGAAGCAGGAAACCGGUGUUACUAUUUUUGAGUUCAAGAGAAAACCAAUGAGAACUGGUCUGGGCAAUGUUGUGAAAGCAUGUUUUGAAAAUAGAAAUGGCUGCUGUUUCUCUCCCCCCCCCCCCCCAUCUUUCCUGUCGUGUGAAAUUCUGAAGAAUAGUUAUAAAUCUAUUCACAUAUAUUAUAUUCUUAGAUAUGGCUAAAUCCCAGCUUUGAGUGUCAUUCACCAUUUAUGAAAUUAGCCUUGCUGUGGCUCCUGCAACCGGUAUACCAACCAAACGCCAAAAGUACUGAUAAGGAACCCUCUCUUGCUUUGGAACUGCUGAUUUUGGCUGAUCUGGCAAACCUGCUAUCAGUUUAUCAGCAAAACAGGUGCAGCAAAGGCAAGUUUCUUUACAGCUUUUUCCUGUACAAAAGCUUGUAUUGUCUCUGAUCUCCUUGUAGUUGGCCUGAAGAAAUCACCUGGCUAAGACUUGAAUUGGAACUCCCUGUCUGUUAUAUUAGCCACCAGAAUGUCAUAGUAACAAAAUAGUCACUGUGUAAACAUAUUGGAGUUGUACUGGAGAGCUGGGACUCAGCUAUUUUAGUCAAAAAACAAUGAUUUGAAUGUGUUAUUAUAAACAUGCAACACCAGUUGGCGCCAGAGAGCAGAAAUCUUUUGUACGUGAUUUUCCAUAGGUCUUCCCCCUUUUGUUACAACUAUCUAAUUUCUGACUUAUUUAUAGCGUGUGUUUUUCCUGUAUGUAGAUCCAUUCCUGAUAGUAGAAAUCAAUCUUAUAUUGACCAUACUUUCCUUUGUCCUAUUUUAAAGCAAACAUGUUCUGUGUUUUCAGAAGUAGAACAAGAGAGAGCUAUGUCUGAACAUGCUGUGGCUUCCGACCUUUAAUACCUGGUGGAUAUCUUCUGUGUUGUCCUUUUUCCUUUCCUUUCAAGACUUUGUACCUGCCAUUCCACUACCUGAAAAUAUGAGCUCCAACCAGUGACUAGAAAUAACAACAGAUGAAUCCUCCAUAUACAAACUCCAGUUGCACCUUAAAGAGACAUGUAUGAUGCGUUAUCUCCCCUGUGCAGCUAUCUGAUAUUAGCAGCCUGUUAAUGGUCUUUAAGGCAGCAGUGAAACUCCUGUAUGUAGCCAUCUCAGAUAGGAAUUUGUGAGGAGGCAGAUAUUAAGCUGUGUGCGGAUAUGAGCCAGGUCUGAAGUUCUAGCAGGCGGGUAGCUUGUCCUUUCAGCAUGUUUGUGUCUGCUGAAUGGAAGGAGACUUUGAAUCUCAAGAGCUCAGUCAAGUGAUGAAUUGGGUUCUACCUUAUGGAAGCUUCUACCCCAAUGAAUCUGUUAGUCUUUUAUAUGCCACAAUAUUUUUUUUUGUCUCUUACUAGUGCACUAGCUUAAGGCUCAACAAGAUGGGUAAAGACUGGAACCUUGGGAGUAGGGGAGCUUUAGUCUCAAUCCAGGUCAGGCCUCCCUCACCUGCUCUUCGUAUUGUGGGGGGCAUAGUCUCCCCUUCAUUCAAGAGGAAACGUUUCUUUAACAUAAUAGCAGAUACAUGGUGCCUGAGGCUGUUUGGAACCACAUCAGGAGACAAGGAGUUAAAGCCCCUAUUCCACAGACACAAGAGGGUCCCAAUCCAGGAUGUUUCCUUAUGUCAUAAAUGGCAAACGAAGACUCAGGGGCCAAAUGUGUCCCUCCACGGGGAUGCGGCCAAGCCACACACCUCACCAGUCCUGCUUUGAACCCCUCUAGAUAAUUUUUGUCUGGCUGGAAUGUGUCCAUGAACUCUUGAUAGUGCUUUUUAUUUGUCUUUUACAAAGGUAAAAAAUUACAUGUGUUGUUCUGUUCACUUUUUCCUCUGGCACCACCAAACAAAGUCAUGUGGCCCCAGGAAGGAAGAAGGGAAUAUGGUCCUUGGAAUGAGAAAUGUUCCUCAUCCUUGUCUUUAUGUCCUUGUGGGUUCCUUGUAGCUCACACUGGGAAACAGAAUACUGAACCAGGCAGACAUUUGGUCUGAUCUAGCAGUACUCUUAUUGUGCAGCAUCUGAGAUUCCCUUCUUUCCCUGGUGCUUUGGGAUUUAACUUGUAGCUGCAUUCUAGCCUAUGUGGCUUAAAGGUAACUGUGUGCUUUGACUGGGACAGGGAGCAUCCGACGGCAUGUCAUGUUGGAGUGUUGUGGGUAUCAAGGAGUUAACACUCUGUGUUCAGUAGAAAUGUUGACUCAGCAUCAUGUGAUGAGUCAGCAUCAGGAAGCCAAGAUAUGGGGAGUUGCCUAAUUGGUCUGUAGCCAGCUGGUAUAAAAAGGUAUGGUUGUCACACACACACACACACACACACACACACACACACACACACGGUGGGGCUUCUCCCCUGUGUGUAAUCCCACUUAUGUAUGCUGAUUCCUGAGUGUAAGAAGAUUGCUUUAUGAUGACGCAAGACUGCAACUGGAAUAGAGUGGCUGGGAAACCCAGCCAGAUGGGUGGGGUAUAAAUAUUAUUAUUAUUAUUAUUAUUAUUAUUAUUAUUUUCAUCUCCGCCAAGCUAAGCAGUUGGCCCCUUAUCUCUCUCGCCCUGACCUAGCCACUGUGAUCCACGCGACGGUCACCUCCAGACUGGAUUAUUGUAACUCGCUCUAAGUGGGGCUGCCCUUGAGACUGACCCAGAAACUCCAGCGGGUCCAGACUCCUUAUGGGGUCUUCGCUGCGAGAUCACAUUCAUCCGGUACUAUACCAGCUGCACUGGCUCCCGGUGGAGUACAGGAUCAGGUUUAAGGUGCUGGUUUUAACCUUUAAAGCCCUAUACGGCCUAGGACCCUCGUACCUACGGGACCGCCUCUCUGGUAUGCCCCACAGAGGAACCUACGGUCUGCAAAUAAAAACAUCCUGAAGGUCCCAGGCCUCAGAGAGGUUAGGCUGGCCUCAACUAGAGCCAGGGCCUUCUCGGCUGCGGCUCCAAUCUGGUGGAACGCUCUGUCACAAGAGACUAGGGCCCUGCGGGACCUGACAUCUUUCCGCAAGGCCUGCAAGACAGAGUUGUUCCACCAGGCCUUUGGUCAGGGCCCAGCCUGACUCCCCCUCUGGCAACCUGCACAGAACUUUGCUUAACGGUUGCCAUUAAUUUGAUUUUAAUUAAUUUUUAUAAUGAAAUGUUUUAGAAUGUUGGAUUAUUUGAUUGUUUGAUUAUUUGAUUGUUGUUAGCCGCCCUGAGCCUGGCUUUGGCUGGGGAGGGCAGGACAUAAAUAAAAUUUAUUAUUAUUAUUAUUAUUAUUAAGCCCUACUUAAAAUACGGCUUGGUUCCUGAGUGCUUCAUGUGGGGGCAUCCUUAUAUCGCAGCAUGUCCCUCUCUCUGCUGUAUAACGUGAUGGGUGGCCUUGAGCAAAAGCGCUUUCUCUCAGCCUAAUUUCUACCUCACCAGUUGUGGCGAGAAUAAAUUGCUUCCCUGAGCAGGGCAGGGCGCGUGCAACAAUGAAACAGUCUUCCCAUGGAGCCUUGGAAUGCAAGACCAAAUUCCAAAAAUAUUUCACUGUCAAGCCAAAUUACCUGAGCAUGGAAAAAAAGCUAAAAUAUGGCACAUCCCUUAUCCUCUCGCGUUGUUGUAUUUCCUCGGUGAGGGUGUAUGUGUGUGGACCCAAGGGUUCCCUAUGGUGGCUUACCUAAAUUAUUAAAAUUUAAUGUUAGGAGCUCCAGGGCCUCACUUACCCAAUUGGACAUUUACGUGGAACCUCAGGUCUGUAUAUGUUUGCACAUGAGGCUUUCCCCUCUCUUGGCCCUGGAGAUGGGAGGCAUAAAAGACCUCCUGUGACAGCAAGUCGAAGGGCCACGAGUGCAGCUGCAGCUUUAGCUAACACAGUGGGGAAAGAGCCUGCAGAACCACCCAGGAGCCUUGUGUGAGGGCAGGCUACAAGUACAAACCAGCUGCAAAUAGAAUAAAGUGUCUGCACAUGUUUUCAGCUUGCUACUUCAGUUAUUAUUGCUAAUCUUCACCCUGUAUGAAUAAUCAAAAGCUUUGCUGCCCUCAAGUUCUGUGAAUAUUGAGUUGGAGGUCAUUCAGACGCUAAUUAAAAUAGUUCUCUUGCCAGCACCAUGUAGAUAAAGAGGUUGAGGAACCAAGUUUUCUACUAGCUCUGGGUUCUUUUAUCAGUUUUCUUCAGCCCCUCCCCACCACCUUCCAAGUCAGGUUUCUACCCAAGCAGCCUACAGUAUCGUUGAAAGCGCGUCUGCUGAAUGAUGAGCUGCAUUUACUGAAGUCCUUGUGUAGUUAGGAAAUGCACUCUUUUCCAAGCAAAGUGUUCUUCCCCACCCACACUGUGUUCUGUUCAAGGUCACAGAUAUAGUUGGCAAGGCUGCUAUAUUCUUCUUUUCGUUGUUGAAAAAUACUACAAAGCUGUAGUACAGUGGUACCGCGGGUUAAGUACUUAAUUUGUUCCGGAGGUCUGUUCUUAACCUGAAAUUGUUCUUAACCUGAAGCACCACUUUAGCUAAUGGGGCCUCCUGCUGCUGUCGCGCUGCCAGAGCAUGAUUUCUGUUCUUAUCCUGAAGCAAAGUUCUUAACCUGAGGUACUAUUUCUGGGUUAGCGGAGUCUGUAACCUGAAACGUAUGUAACCUGAAGCGUAUGUAACCUGAAGCGUAUGUAACCCGAGGUACCACUGUAUUCAUUUUAUGCCUUCAGUAGCUAUUAGCUGUGGAUUGGGGGCAGAUAUUCUAAGAAAAUAGUUCAUGGCUUUGUUUUAGUUUUGAUUUACAGAACUUUAACAUUACAAAUAGGAAUUAUUGAAAGCCCUCAUCAGGGAAGACUAAAAGGAUGAUCUAUUCUAGUGUCAUGUUACAGUGGGUACCCUCAGGGAGGUUGAGCAUAGGCCCAGGUUCAAAAUGUAAUCUAGAGGUGAGGUCAAGCAACAGGUGAAUACCAAAAGGAAUUAGAUACAGCAUAAGUUCAGGUCCAAGGAGCCACAGACCUGUGUUAUUUUCAGCAACUGGAAGGUUCAAAAGGAAGGCCUGAUAUCAAAUCAAAUCAUUGGGUGUCCAAUGCAGAGCACAAAAACUAGCAAAGCACAGAGAAGGAGUGUUCAUUUGCAAUAUGGACAUUGCACUUUGAUCUUCUGUUUCUCUCAACUUUCCAUUGUACUCAUAGAAUCAUAGAGUUGGAAGAGACCACAAGGGCCAUUGAGGCCAACCCCCUGCCAAGCAGGAAAUGUACUCUCUGAGGACAUUUCAUGCAUGUCUGUAGGAUCCUGCAAACAUUUUCCUGAGUAAGAGGAAGAUGUGGAGAAUGGCAUCUCUGGGAAAUAUUUUAGGCUUUUUUAGCUAUAUAGACUGUGCAAAUGCAACAUAGUAGGCUUCUGUGAAAAUCUCGCUGUGUACCCUUUUGAGAUCUACCAAUUAAUUGGUGUCGUGGUGGUCGUGGGGUAAAUGUUUUGCAGUAAGUGUAUAAUUUUGGAAGAGGUCUCUUAGGUUUGUCUGGCUUUAUGGCACCACCUUCUGGACAUACUGUUAAAUUAUUCUGGCUCAACAAGGUUCAUAGUUCUGAGGUGGCAUGACAACAAGGGCCCUUAUUCAUGCAUUACCUGGCAAUAUGUUUGCCAUCUUGAAAAGUCAGAGCUGCGUGGCAUAUGCAAAGAGUAAUCACACGGCUUGCCUGGGCAUAUGAGAUGAGAUGCUUUUCGCAUAGGAACUAACCACACAAUCCCGGUUCUCAGUGUGGUUUUCAUAGUCAUGGGGAGGAAAACCUGCAUUAUACCAUUUAGGUUCCGAAUUUAUUUAACCCUUCACUGACCACUUAUAGAGAUGUUUAACAGCGACGUGUUUAGUAGUCAAGAGCAGAGUUUAUGAUAGUUCGUAUUUCAUUUAUUGAAAUAUAUUUUAUCUCAAAUCUGUUUCAUAAAUUAAUGAUGGAAGUUUGGCUUCCUCAUCUGUUGUUAUUCUCUCCUCCACAGAACAUGACAAGCUGUCAAGGAUUGUGCAUAGGCUAGAGACAGAUUUAUGUGCUUGAUGAAAGCACUUGUAAAUGCAAAUGAGCAAACAACAGUUUUAUUAUUAUUUGUAAAAGUCUGUACAGUAGAAUUACAUUUUCUGGCUCCAUGAAUCUGACCAGUAAUUACAAACAAAAUCUGAACAGAAAGCAGAAUCAGAAUGUCUAGCUCCAUAUGAGCUCUUGCGAAGGAGGUUGCUUAUUUCUGUAAGUGGUUUCUGCCUUCUAAAGGAUACAAAAGCAGUUUGUCUAACAUGCUGUCCCCCUCCCUUAAAAAACUUUCUAUUGUACUUGCAUUUUGUUUGUAAUUAUGGCAUUCAUUGGGCUGUAUGCAAUAUAAUGCUAAAGUGAAGGUUCUGUUAGCACAAUGGAACAUGCUCCCCCUGUGUGACCCCUAAAUCUGCCCUCCACAACUCUCCAGAGUAGUAGUAGUAAUAAUAAUAAUAAAUUUAUUAUUUAUACCCCACCCAUUUGGCUGGGUUUCCCCAGCCACUCUGGGCAGCUUCCAGCAGAAUAUUAAAAUACAAUGAUUAAUCAGAUAUUAAAAGCUUCCCUAAACAGGGCUGUUUAAUAAAUUUAGAGAUGGUGUGGGAUGCACAUGGGUGGAGUAGAGGAGGAAAUACUGUUGUGCUAGUGCUAAUCCUUGUGCUAGCACAGCUAUUUAGUUGCAUACCGCCCAUUGUAGACAUGAUGAAACGUACUAUGAUGCCUAGAACUUGCAUCCUAGGAUUGACACUUCUUCUCAUUUCUCCAUAUAGACAAUUCCUCAUCCCUUCUCGAAGAUGAAGAGCUAGGCAUGGAGGCAAGCAGCUGGCAGCUGAAUAGCACAUCUGUAAAUGGCCAUAGUGAAACCCCAACAACAGCUCGUUUCCCCAGCUGGGUGACUUUUGAUGACAAUGAAGUCAGCUGCAAUUCUCCAUCCACUUUAUCCCCCGUAAAAACAGAUUCCCCACCAUUAGUAGCAACUGCAGCAGCAGCAGUCACAACAACACAGAUCACAGAUGUGAACUCUCUUACCCUCUCCUCAUCCUUUAAGAAAAGGGAACGCCCCAGAAGUGCAUUGGCUGACCUCCCUAAAAUUCAGAAACUAGACCUUUCCUCAAUAACCAGCUUGCCUUUGUUUAGUGGGACACCCCCUUGGAGUGCUACUAACCCUUUCCUUGACGAAUCCCUGAGGGAUGUUCAGCCUUCUCCUAUCAACCCGUUCAGCUCUUUCUUUGAAGAACGGGACAGGCAUUCUCAAACCUCUCCCAUUUCUGGCAGAAACCAGAGAGACUCCCUCAUUAUCCUCCAUCAGGAGCCUGACUGCAUCAGCUUUAAUGAGCCAAGUAGACACCUCAGGCACAGAGAUGCUGUCGAGCAGCUCAAGCAACUCCAGAUCGGGGACCCAGAUCAGCUGAGCAGUCCUACUCUGCCCGACGAUGACCCCACAGUGCCAACUGAGCUAUACAGCACCGUGUCCUUUCUGGGGCCACCUCCGCGAAAAGAUGGCUGGCCAAUGAUGCUGAGGAUACCAGAAAAGAAGAACAUCAUGUCAUCUAGACACUGGGGGCCGAUUUACGUCAAGCUGACCGAGAGCAGGUACUUGCAGCUCUUUUACGAGAAGGGAUUGGAAAAGCCUUUCAAGGAAUUCAAGCUUGACAUCAGCCAUGAGAUUUCAGAACCCAAACUCCAGAACUAUGAUGAGAAUGGGAGGAUACACAGUGUGAGGAUAGAUCGCAUCACCUACAAGGAAAAGAGGAAGUACCAGCCAAAGCCUGCUGUCUCUCACAUAGCGGAGAGGGAGCAGGUUAUCAAGCUGGGUACCACCAGCUAUGAAGACUUCCUCAGCUUCAUCAGGGCGGUCCAGGAUACACUAAUGGAUUUGCCUGCCUCGUCAACAGACCUGAGCACAGUGGGAUUGAACUACCAAGAGGAAGAAAUCACUGUGGAUGUAAAGGACGAGUUCUAUGGCACCUUGGCCAAAAGAGACAAUAGGAUUUUGCAGCACAAUGUGUUGACCAGAGUGCAUGUUCUCACUUUCCUUUCUGGCCUGGCGGAAUGCAGGCUGGGUCUCAACGAUGUCCUUGUCAAAGGGAACGAAAUCGUCUCGCGGCAGGACAUCAUGCCCACUACCACCACCAAGUGGAUUAAGCUGUACGAUUGCCAGUUCCACUCCUGUGUGGAGGAGGAGGCGUUCGCCAGCGCCCGCGUCAUUCAGUUUAACCCCUUGGACGCCUGCAGGUUUGAACUGAUGCGCUUCAGAAGCGUGUUUUCCCAGAAGACAUUGCCUUUCACCUUGAGGGUUGCAGCUAGCAUCAACGGCGCUGAGGUGGAGCUCCAGAGCUGGCUGAUGAUGUCUCCGGGGUUCUCCUCCAACAGAGACCCUCUCACUCAGGUUCCCUGUGAAAAUGUGAUGGUCCGCUACCCAGUGCCACAGGAGUGGGUGAAAAACUUCCGCAGAGAUAGUGUCCUCGGGGAAAAGUCUUUGAAAGCAAAGGUGAACAAAAGCGCCAGCUUUGGAUCCACCAGUGUGUCCGGUUCUGAGCCAGUAAUGAGAGUAACACUAGGAACUGCCAAAUAUGAGCAUGCCUUUAAUUCCAUCGUAUGGAGGAUAAAUCGGCUGCCCGACAAAAACUCUGGUGGGUACUCGUGCUUCAACUGGGUAAUAAUACUGGGAAAAGUUGUAUUUUGGGUGCUGGGUCAUAUUGGAGUAACGUGCAACAUUAAUGGAUCAAACGGUGUUCUGUCAGAAGGUGCAAACAGAAUGCCUGCAUAAAGCGAAGUAAUUACAUUUUUUGAAGAUAUGAAAAUUUGCAACAGUAAUAGUAGUAAUUAAACAUAGCAGUACUUGAUUGUAUUGAAUAUCACUUCUCAUGGUUCUUAAUUGCCUCCCCUUUUUUUCGUUUUGCUUUUCUUCCCACCAUCCCCCAAAAUCUGGCUCUGCUUACCCCAAGAGUUUAUAGGAGUCUCCUCAAAGAGCAACAAUUCCCAGCACCCUUAAGGAACUGUAGUUCCCAGAAUUCUUUGGGGGAAGCAAAGACUGUUAAAGUGGUAAAUGAGUGCUUUAAAUGUAUGAUGUAUAAGGUGAUACAGGAAAAACUUUGUUGGAGAAGUUUGUUUGAGAACCCUUUGCAAGAAAAACUUAGCAGCGUAUGCACAGGGUCUAGUUAAACUGCCCAGAUACUUGUUUAGGUAAAAAUAUCAAAAAUGAGAAGGCAGAAUGGACCCCACCAUCCUUCUCUUCUUUUCUCAGUAUUUCAUUUUUCUCCUCAUCCCGUUUACCAUUCAAAGCCUAGUCUCACUGUCCUCCAACUCCUUUCUUUCCCCCUUUUAUCACAAGCUGUGGCAAAAAACAAAAGCCCUAUUAUAUGAAAAUGUAUUUUUUAAACAUUUUAUACCUCACAUUUCAAAAUAAAAGCUUCAAGGCAACUUGGCAAGCAUGAACUGAAACAUCCAGUGAGAAAUUAAGAAACUAUAUACUAGACACAGCAAUAAAAACCAAUUCAGCAGAGGUUAAAAAGACUAAAAGGAGAAACAUCGAAUAAUCAAAAUGACAAUAAAAGCAUUAACAAAAACAACCUCGAUCAAAAGGAAUCUGAACAACAGGUGUUAGAAUCCAGGUAUGUCCUGGACAAGGUAAGAAUUGCAUCGAUGGCUGGUUUGUUUGCUUUUCUCUACUUUGAAAUGGGACUGGGGUGGGGCGAGAGGACAACAGACCAAAACUGACAUUCUGCAUAUGUUUGGGAAGAAGGAUUUCCUCACAACUUCCUAUCUAGGAAGAAAGAAAGCUCAGAGUCAGAGCUUUCAGGCAUUGGCUCUGGCACUAUUAUGAUUUGGCUGUGGAAUAAGUGUGUUAAGCCAAAAGGCAUAUGCCUAGCUUUAUGCAGAAUCCCAUUUUUCUAACCUUGUGCACCCUUCAUAUCUGCUGCUGGGCCUUGUUCUGACAGGCUGUAAACCUCUCUGGGCUGAACCACUUUAGGCUGCAGGUAGAAGCUGACAUGAAUAAAACUCCUAUAUUCCAAAGCCUCCAAACACGGAGAGCUUGGUGGGCAGGGGGGAUGCUAUAAUAAACCCUUCUCCCUAACAUCUGAUUUAAUUCAGGGGGCAUUAUUUAUUGGUAGGAGUCAGUCAUGUGAGUCCCCACCUGCAGUCGGUAGUGGUUCAUCCCAGACACAGAUUUACUACCUUACUAAUGAGCAGAGCUACAUCUUUCUUUGUAUACAUAAUUUGGGCUGCUUUGCUAUAAAAUGUGAAGGUGAUGACUAUACCCAAAAAAAUAGUGCAAUCCUAUGCUUGUUUACUCAGAAGUAAGUCCAUUAUAUUCCCAAGCAGGUGUACAUAGCCUUAGCCUAAUGGGUCUUUCUGGCAUCUCAUUAAAUUGGCCCAACUUAAGCCUUGCUUUAGUUAUGCGUGAAAGUUUCCCCUUGCUAAGCACAAGGCAAGUGUUGUCACUGCACAGAUGUCUGUUGUUGUUGUGCUUGAGGGGCAGCUGUUUUUAUAUAAUCUAUGUCACAGAACCAGUCCAAAAAAACAACAACAGCCCUAUGCUGUGGAAUUGGAUUCCGUGAGGAGCAUUUAUGUGACUGUUCCAGGAACAGCUUGGUAACUUCUAACGCAGUCCCCUGAUUCAUAAGCAAUGUGUUGAUGCUGGCUGAUAAAACAAGCCUUGUUUACAGCCUGUGAGGAGUCUCAGUCCCAACUGGACAGGAUUCAGGGCUCCAGCGUGAAAGUGUGUUUUUUAGUCAGUCAACAGGCAAGCCGAACAAAGAGUGUUAAGAAAACAUUGAUUCAUCGAAGGAGUUUCUGCCUUGACUGUGGAGAAAUACGAUGCAUUUCAAAGGACAGCACAACUUAAACCACAGCUUUGGAUCUGAAGACUGGAAAACUGGUGUCUAAUCAAUGUUCAUCAUUACGGAAUGCCCCUUUCUCCCUAGUGCAUUAUGUUAAAUAUCUGAAUCCGAAAAUGCUAAAGCACAUUUUCCUAUGGAGCUCACACUGUUUAUAUAGCACACAUAAAAAUAAAUAUAUUCCAGUUUAAACAAUAUAUAUUUGACAGCGGAAGAUUCAACAUUUCAAUAGGACCUACAUCUGAGUAAACAUAUUUAGGAUUAUAGGUUUAGGUCACAUUCUAAUCUGUGCUGCCCAUGUUCAUGCAUGUCUCAACCUGCACUGAUCCUUCACCUGCCCACACUAUAGAUAGGAGGUAUUAGCAAUUACAGUCCAGAUACAGAGGCAUACAUGCUUCUCCCAUACUACCCAGUUCCUGAUUCUAAAGAAACAUCUUCCUGUGCUCCUGUUACUAAUACUAAAUGGCAAAGAGGGAACAUGAACAGCUCUACCCAGACGUACUCUUUGUGACUCUGCCAAGGUUUUCGCUUGCACAAGGUCUGGGGAGGUUAUAUGACAUCCACUAUUACCGUAACUGAGCAUUCAAUUUGAUUUAUGGGGAGGUCAUAUAGUGUUACAUCAAGCAACUGUUAUUCCACCUUUUCCAGUUUGUUUUCCUGUCACUUUCCUUACUGCAAAUCAGGUUUCUUGCAGUGCAAGAUGACCUAAUUCACUGCAAUCACGCAACCUGAAUUUGCUGCCAUGUGACUGAAUCCUACUCACGAAAUAAUGUUAGUCUGAAAAUGGUUCCAGAACACACUUGUCAAAAUGUUGGUGUCACAGACAAAAACAUGCUUUGCAUCCAUGAGAAUCAUUCAAAAGUCAGCACUGGAAUAUGUUAUCCACACAACUUACGUGCUGACUACUUCCUGUAUAUUGGAUGCAACAGGAAUCUGACAUUAGAUCACUGGCAUUAAAGCAGGCAUUUGGGGACCUAAGCCUAGUGUGGCUUGUUAUGGUCACCUAGUAAAUUCAAGGGUGCAGCAAGAUUUGAACUGUGGGUUUCCAGAGUUACAACCCACAAACUUACCUACAAUGCUGCACCAGCUGUACUGAAUCAGUGACUUCCCAAUGUGGGUUUUUUCUUUGCCUUUAUUGCCUUUUCUAAAGGGUAUAUGAAGCUCUCUGUAGUUGUAGUUGUUCUUUAGUCAUUUAGUCGCAUCCGACUCUUCAUGACCCCAUGGACCAGAACACACCAGGCACUCCUGUCUUCUACUGCCUCCCGCAGUUUGGUCAAACUCAUGUUGGUAGCUUCGAGAACACUGUCCAGCCAUCUUGUCCUCUGUCAUCCCCUUCUCCUUGUGCCCUCAAUCUUUCCCAACAUCAGGGUCUUUUCCAGGGAGUCUUCUCUUCUUAUGAGGUGGCCAAAGUAUUGGAGCCUCAGCUUCACGAUCUGUCCUUCCAGUGAGCACUCAGGGCUGAUUUCCUUAAGAAUGGAUAGGUUUGAUCUUCUUGCAGUCCAUGGAUCUCUCAAGAGUCUCCUCCAGACCAUAAUUCAAAAGCAUCAAUUCUUUGGCAAUCAGCCUUCUUUAUGGUCCAGCUCUCACUUCCAUACAUCACUACUGGGAAAAACAUAGCUUUAACUAUACAGACCUUUGUCGGCAAGGUGAUGUCUCUGCUUUGUAAGAUGCAGUCUAGGUUUGUCAUCGCUUUUCGUGUAAAUCCUCUGCGGUCUAGAAAAUAAUUAUUCAACUCUGAUGUAAACAGCCAAAGUUGCUUCCCAAUUCUGAUUUCUAAUAACAUUUUCAGGGACCUUUGGCAAAUCACAUAAGGCUCUUCUAUAUUUGCAUAUCAACUUUACUUUAUGGCUGGCAAACACUGAGUCCAACUUUCUGUUACACAUCUAAGAAUCUUCUAAUUGACUAUUUCCUGAAAAGUAUCAAUGAAAGGGGUGAUUUACAAAGGCAGGCAUUUAUUUGGAGCUUCACAGGAGAACAGCAACUGGGAAUUGAGUUACAGCGGAAGAGCAAAUGGGAGAAAAAAUUAGCAGGCUCCCUUCUGCCACUUCCACUGAAAAUCUGUCUCCUGGAGGUGUUUUUUGGUGAACAAGUGGGGUUUUCCCCCUCUAUCCCUACAUCAUGGUGAAGUGUGUGCCAAAGAGCUCCUGUUCCCUAGAUUUCCAAAACAUGAAAACACAGCACUUGACUCAAGAAAUACUGCCAGUGGGAACUAGCCCAUCCCCAAAUACAUGUUUUAAUUCUCUUUGAAAUCUUGCCUAAGCCCCUUUGAUUUCAAUAGGACUUCGAGCUUUAAUAGUGUUAUAUGGAUUGGACAGUUAGAAGGCUCACACUUGUCUUUAAACAUGUGGGGUCUUUCUUUUAUUAGAGGGGCGUGGGCGUGCCCAUUACUGAUUUAGAGCUUUAAACGGUAUAAUAUCGUAUGUCUUAGUAUGAUCCAAAUGAUUCCAUCAGCUAAUAUUAGUUAUCAGUUUGUCCAGAUGCCUUCCAGUAUCUAUUGUAACAGUUUUAUCAACAGGCUGAUGUAAAGCAUGGAAGAGUCAAUCAGUUACUUUUACAAGAGGUUCUUAAAUACUCUUCUAGAAUAUGUUGUAACAUCAUACUGAAACCUCACAUCAUACUGAAACCCCAGUAGUUUGAUUCUCGUUUUUCAAUAAUGACAUGACAACAGCAUUCUGACUCAUAACCAUUUAAUUAAUUAAGCUGGCUUUCCUGUUUUGUUCUGCUUCUAAGCCUUCUGAAGGCUUGAUUUCAAAGAAAAAGUUUUUGAUUUCCAUGCUCCUUUGCCCUUUUGUAGCUUCUGGUCACCCACACUGCUUCUUCUGCCACCUGGAGCUUGGCUCAGACCGGGAAGUGCCUUCUAACUUUGUCCGCUAUGUGGAUGUGGAGUUUGACAUGCCAACCACUUCAGCAUCCAAAGCCACCAUCCGGUCCAUCUCUGUGGAAGGCAAGACAGAUGUCAGGAAGUGGGUCAACUAUUCAGCACAUUACAGUUACAAGGUACGGGCGAGCAGCUUUCUUCCAGGGAUUAAGUGAAUUGGGGUUAGUUAGUUUGCAAAUGAAACUAUUUUAUAGUAUGUCUAUCGGGACCACGAACUGCAGUGAAUGACUAGAUUCUCCAUGUUGUCUUAUAUAAGUCUUCUACCAUAAAUUUCCAAGUAGAACUACAGUAGGCUUUGUAGCUCAGUGGUAGAUUAUAUGUUUUGAAUGGAAAAGGCCCCAGAUUCAGUCCUUGGCAACUCUAGAUAUCUGAUGGUAGGGCUCAGAAAGAUCUCUUGCCUGAAACUGUUGCACUCCCCUGAGAGUAAACAACACUGAGCUAGAUGGAGCCAGUGGUCUAACUCUGUUGAAGACACCUUUAUAUGUUCAUAAACCUAGGAAGAGGAGAAAUACAUCAGAUACUCCUCCCAUUUUUGCUAUAAGAACAGUGAUGUGGGUGUUGCAGAAGGAAGCUGGGAUUACUGUACUAAGUCCCUACCUCCUUGAGCUCCUUCAUUGUCUGAUUUCAAUCCAGCAGGCUUGAGGGUUCUUCCCAUCAAAUGGAACAUUAUGACACUGAUUCCAUGCUAAUCUCCUCACCCACUGCAAUUUUGCCAACAACAAUGAGGGUUGAUGGGGUUGCUAUGAUUGGAAUCUGUCCCACUUUUGCAGAUGAGAGUCUCAUGUGUAGAAGGGUAUAUGUCCACUGUCUUCACUGUAGAGCAGAGAUGGAGAACUUGACAGCCUUCAGAAGUUUCUCGACUACAGCUUCCAUUGUCACUGACCACUGCCCAUGCUGACUGAGUCUUAUGGGUACUGAAGUCCAACAAUAGCUGAUGGAGGGCCCAGGUUCCCCAUCCCUGCUUCAGAGCAGGUUGCCAUUGGCUGACGUAGAAAUUUUACUGUUCUUUUCCCACAACUCCCAACUUCCUCUUCCUUAUCAGGUGGAGAUAGAGCAGAAGAAGAACUUGAAUCCAGAUGUGAUGGAAGAACACACUGAUAACCCCAAGGGCUGUGCUGUGCAGUGA